AUGGCUAGUUUUUUAGGUAGCCUCAAAUUCUGCCUUCUCCUCCAAACCAUCUCUUUCUCUGUGACACAAUUCGUAAGUUUCCUUUUUACCUAUGAUUCUACUGGAAAACGUCUAGGUGUGGGGGGUGAGCCGGAUGGGGUGGGGGCCUAGAAAACAACAAAACUUGAUUGCAGUUUGGGAUCCAGUGCUGGAGGACAAUGUCUGAAUAAUUAGUUUUAAUACACUAUCUUUUCUUGAAAGCUUAAAAUAAUGAGGGGAACUGGCACAGCUUGAUUGUUGGGGUUAUAAAACAUACUCUCUUUUUUUUCUUUUUCUUUGGCUGGGGCAGGGGAGGAGAGAAGAGCUUUCCUUUUAUUCCUGGCGAAACUGUUUUUUGUUGUUUUCAGGGGUCUCCCUGUGCUUCGGCACAGACUCCUGGGGAAUUUUACUCCCUGGAAGUGAACGGGGAAGAGAUCUGUGGAAGAGAUUUGUGGAAGCAAUGUUGUAAGAAGCAAAACAAAGUGAUUUCAGAUGUCUAAAAGGGAUCUCGCAUUAUACCAUUAUAUUGAGUAGGGUGGUAGUAAGUAUUAUGGCAGGAAAUACUGCCUUUUGUAGGGCCCUGGGCAGCUGCGGAAAAACAUCUUGCCUUUGGGAACCAAAUUAAAAAGUACUUAUGUGGAUCUGUCUUUUGGGGCAACAGAUGUGUUAUUAUUAUCCUGAUCGUGAUGGACAGGAUAUGUCCAGCAACCAGGACUCUCUGCGGACUGCAAACAAAAGGAGCUGAAGAAAUUUGGCUGGUCCUCUGAUGAUGGGAAUGGGAUGUUUUAAAAUAAAAAUCCAAGUCCCUGGUUAAUUCUGAAAAGAAAAAGAAAAACAGUUUUUGAAGCUGUGAGUGACAGAAAAGACAGAAGAUAAUGCUUUGAGUCAUUUGGUGGUGGUGGUUGGAAAGCCCUUGAUUUGCUGAAUAUUGGGUGCCACCUUCGGGACAGUGACAUGCAGUCAGAGAUACACACAGUCCUUUCUACAACUUCUUUUUGGUUUGGAAAAGAACGUAGGACCUUAACACAGAGAAACUUUUGCCACCCUUUUUGAGGGACAAAGGGGGCUAUUCAUUCAGCGAAUGCCUUCAGGAAGUUUCCACCCCCAGUGACUGCAAAGCUGGUAUUUUAUAAGUUCAAUGCCUUAUUUAGGAACAUGUACAUAUAUUAUUUGCAUCAGUCCAGACCCUACAAUGUCACAUUUUAAAGUAAAGAGAAGUGGGGGAAAUAAAGCCAGAGGCCUCAGAUUGCUUUAGGAUGUGACUGGACUGUUUUGUUUUACGUAGCUCCAAGGCUCACAGGGGCCUGGACUCAAUUUGCUGUAUUCAGUGCUUUUUUCGGGGGGGAUGCAUAUCCCUAAACAUUUUGUGAAUCUUUGCACUUUUGUCCAUUUACUGUAUUUAUUUUCCCUGAUUUGAACUAUAAAAUGGUGAUUUUCUUGAGUCAAAAUGAGAGUACCCCUAAACAUUUUUUUAAGAAAAAAAAAGCACUGGCUGUAAUCAUACAUGGAGAAAUUUAAGAUGAUCCUUAGUAACCAAACCACCUAGUAAAACUUCAGACAGGAAUGCCUCGUUUUAUUUCAAACAAUGUCGGUCUAAUCAUCUACCUUCCAAACCCUUAAAUAAGAAUACUGGUUGAUCGAGCAAAAUGUAAGCACUUUGAAAUCUCAUUGAUUUCAGUGGAAUGUAUUUACUAUGCAUAUGCUUAACCCCACUGAAAUCAAUGGAACUGCAAAGUGCUUACAUUUAUCAUUCCCUUAGCAUUUAUUGUUGAAAGCACUUCACAUACUGAAACUCAAUCAGCCUUCCUUAUUAUUAUUACUUGCUGUUAUUUAUAGCAUGCCAUCAUUGGGGGGAAACGCAGGCCAACCCCCGACAGCUAUAAAUAUAUACCAAAGGACCUGUGCUUUCAUAGUAGCUCCUUGUUUUACACACAGUAGUAAUCUCAGGCUGACUUAUUACUGUCUGUAUUAAGGUAUGCAGCCAUCUAUUCAGAGAAAUUAUGUACUGAACACGUUAGACUGUAUUCAUUCAUAUGCUGGCAAAUUCAGGUUGUGCAUUUAAAGGCGAUUUGGCGCUCUUUUGCAACAAACCUGCUUCGCUGAAAAAUUGGGUGUUUUGCGAAUGUGAUGGGGAAAUGGACUAGAAAAUGUGGGAGAACACUUGAUGCAAUGUCAUCUAACCUACCCACGAACAAAUCGGGAUGAAUACUCUGGAAGCACCCUAAAUUGUUUUUAGAAUUUCAAAGGAAUUUGAGAUACCAAAUUCAACCAGAGUUCUGCGCAACUUCUGCAUGUUUGUUCAAGCUACUUUUGAAAUCGCACAGAGCCUGUAAUUUACAGCACACCAAAGUUGCCUUGGGGUAUGUGGAGAGCAGAUAAUGGAGAAAAAUGAAAGCAGCAGAACACAUCACGAAAGCCAAAUUUUGCAAUUUGGUGGUGGGGGAGAGGAUUUGACACACAAGAAAUGCAGUGCCACCAAAUGGCAUAGAAAUGUUCUGGUUCUUCCUUAUCCUUAGAAACAUGUGAUUUGUGAGUUAUUUUAUCUGCAGUAGCCAGGGUUCACAUAUCCUUUUACCACAAUGAGAGGCUUAAGUCCUGUAAUGUCUUCCGUUUUGGGGCCAAAGAUGUUCUCGCUAAGGAGUUCCUUAGAUUGGAGAGUUUCUGUCUGAUCUUCCCACAAAUUCAAAAGGCCAAGUUGCAGAGAAACUUGAACAGAGCAUUUAAAAUUUGUUGAUAUUACUUAAAAAAUGUCAGUCCAAAAUUUGGAUGCCUGAUGGCAUUGCCGCAGCCCAGUUUAUGAAGCUGUAUGUGUUGGACAAGUAGGCAGCUGAAGCCAGUGAUUCAUAUUGAGGGGAAAUUUCAUUGAGGCCAAAUUUCAUGCUGACUUAAGAUCCUGUGUCCAAUUCUAGGACACCCUGAGAUCUGAGAGGAAAAGGAGGAGGAAGCAAGAUCUGUUUGCCUUUACCUGGUUGAUCAAAAGGGCUUCAAAGCUGCAGCCAACCCUUUUUCUUUUCCCAAACAAAAUUCUGUCUGUUGUCCUUUUGCAUCUUACCAUUACAACAACCCUGCAAAGUAGUUCAGACCAAUAGAUGGUGCUUAGUCUAAGGUUGCUCAGUGAUUUGCCUGCCUGCUUGAGGAUUUUAACCUCAAAUCUCCCGGAUCUAUCAUGAUCUGUGCCAUAUCCCUUAUUGUCACCCUUAUUCUCAAUAGUUAGCUUCACUUAUUUUCAGCUAAUUUUUUUGUUUUGUUUUUUUGCAAUAUGAUCAGGCAUGGGGGAGGGGGGUUGUUUUGGAAAUCUGUCUGCCCUUCUCAAGGCUUCAGGCACACUCAUAUCUACACCUCUGUUUUGCAACCUAGCUCUCCGGGAAAGAGGUUGAGGCUUUCAGUCUUUGGCUGCUCUGGGGUUGUGAUGUGAUUGUGGGACAAGCUCGUCCAGCUUAGUUGGUUCUUGGUUUUCGGAGACCUUUUUCUCCACCAAAAUAACUCUCCUUCUUGUUUGAUUUCUCUCCUUAGCAAGGUCCUCCAGGAGAACCUGGACCACGAGGGCCCCCGGGUCCGCCAGGAGUGCCAGGCGCUGACGGCAUUGAUGUAAGCACACUGCACAGGAACCUGAGCAGCAGAAGGGAUGGCGUGUGUGUGUGUGUGUGUGUGUGUGUGUGUGUGUGUGUGUUGGGGGGGGGAGAGAUGGUUUGGGUACAAAAGAAGGCAUUGUAUACAGGAUCUCAGGUGCAGUGCCCAUCCAAAAAGGCUAGAGGGAGCCAGUGGGCUUUGCUUUCUCAAAUCUGAUUUACAGUACAGACCAGAAUCUGAUUCAUCUCCAAGUGGUACGGUGGUACCUCGGGUUACAGACGCUUCAUGUUACAGACUCUGCUAACCCAGAAAUAGUACCUUGGGUUAAGAACUUUGCUUCAGGAUGAGAACAGAAAGCGUGGCGUGGCAGCAGUGGGAGGCCCCAUUAGCUAAAGUGGUACCUCAGGUUAAGAACAGUUUCAGGUUAAGCACGGACCUCCGGAACGAAUUAAGUUCUUAACCCGAGGUACCACUGUAUUCUCUUCCUGCAAUAACACCGUAUUACCAUACGUAUUACCAUACGCAGGUGGUUAUAGAAUCAUAGAAUCAUAGAGUUGGAAGAGACCACAAGGGCCAUCGAGUCCAACCCCCUGCCAAGCAGGAAACACCAUCAGAGCACUCCUGUGGUGCUGUGGGUUAAACCACAGAGCCUAGGGCUUGCCUAUCAGAAGGUCGGCGGUUUGAAUCCCUGCGAUGGGGUGAGCUCCCGUUUCUCAGUCCCUGCUCCUGCCAACCUAGCAGUUCGAAAGCAUGUCAAAGUGCAAGUAGAUAAAUAGGUACCGCUCUGGCGGGAAGGUAAACGGUGUUUCCGUGCGCUGCUCUGGUUCGCCAGAAGCUGCUUAGUCAUGCUGGCCACAUGACCAGGAAGCUGUAUGCCGGCUCCUUUGGCCAAUAAAGAGAGAUGAGCGCCGCAACCCCAGAGUCGUCCACGACUGGACCUAAUGGUCAGUGCUCCCUUUACCUUUACCAUACGUGGGCUUAUCUUUAAAAAACAUUCCCUGGAAUGCUGGGGAGGGCUACAGCUAGAGUGGGGGGGGUGUUCAUUCAUCGGCUUUAUUUAUAAGCAUUGCCUUUUCCUGGGGAGGGGGUGUUGGGCUCCUGUUAUUGUUUAAAAGCUGCCUAAAGGAGUUGGCCAAGGGGAGAUGGAUGUGGUGGGAUGGAAGGGAUGGGAAAGUGUAAACUGGGAUGGAUGAUGAUGUAGAGGGAAAUCUGUUCUAUGACGCCAUGAUCCUAUGGGGUGGGGCCUAAUCCCAAGGCUUCCACCCCCUUGCUUGUAACCCUUAGCACGCUUAUGUGAUUCUGGGAUUGCAGUGCAAACUCAGAACAGGAUAUCUGGAUUGCCCAUUGGUAAUACAGGCACCUUUGAUUUCCAAGUGCAAGUUUCUAGUCUUUAUGGCUGCAGACAAAAAGCUUGGAGGGGGUGAAAUUGCAGAUGCCAGGGGCUUGAGAGGGCUUCCAGUACACAGUUCUGGAGUCUUAGUGCCUUGGAUGCAAUUUUUGAUUCCCUACCAUGAUGACUGUUUGUGGUUUUCCCUUCUCAUGGACCUGUCUCUAAUUUCCAUCUCUUAAUUUUAGAGUCUGUACAGGUGACCAUAACUCAUAACCAUUCUGGCUUCUGAGAUGCACCAGGCCCUGCAGCCCACAGCAAGCAGUGUGGCAUGCUUCCCCAGCAAUCAUAUGGACUAGACACUUUAUUUUAAAAGAAAACAAAACUUAACACUUUUGCAUUGGCCUCUACAAACUCUCAGUUUGUGUGCCAAUUUUUCUAAUAAUGUAAUACUCCACACCAGGCAUAGGCAAACUCGGCCCUCCAGAUGUUUUGAGAAUACAGUUCCCAUCAUCCCUGACCACUGGUCCUGUUAGCUAGGGAUGAUGGGAGCUGUAGUCCCAAAACAUCUGGAGGGCCGUGUUUGGCUAUGCCUGCCCCACACCUUUGUAUACCAAUAGUCUAUAUCGUUCCAGAGGUCCGUUCUUAACCUGAAACUGUUCUUAACCUGAGGUACCAUUUUAGCUAAUGGGGCCUCCUGCUGCCGCCUUGCAGCCGGGUGCGCGAUUUCUGUUCUCAUCCUGAGGUAAAGGUCUCAACCCAAGGUUAGCGGAGUCUGUAACCUGAGGUGUUUGUAACCCAAGGUGUUUGUAACCCGAGGCACCACUGUAUCUACUUCCCUCCAUGUCUCCCCAGUGAUAAGUUUAUUUUCACUUGGUAUGUGACUUAUUGUUAAUAUCCAGGAGCAUGUCUGGCCCCUACUGACAGCAUUACAAAUAAUUGCUGUUUUUAAACUUUUCCUCCUGUUGAUGUGUCUUCUUUAUAGUGGACCCAUGCCAUCCUGUAAUGGGUGAGGCAUAUAUUUUGUAUUACUAAGAAAAAGAAAGAAAGAAAGAUGGAAAGAAAGAAAAGAAAACCUGAAAACAUUUGUUUUAUUUAUGAGAUUUAUCCCCCACUUCUCUUCAAAAGCAAAUCUCAGAGCAGGUUACAACAAUAUAAAAGGCAUUUUAAAAAAACGUUGUUUAAAAUACAACUGUAAAUUUAAAAUGCAAUUAAGACCUAAGGCCCAUGGGCCACAAACGGCCCAUGGGGGUUAUUUAACCGUCCCAUGGACCCCCACCACCCACUCGAUUGGCUAAACUGACAUGGAGCAGAGUGGGGACCGCCUUCUGUGACACUGGCCAGCUUCCCAUUGGCUGCAGGAAGCUUCUGCAGCCAAUGGGAAGCUGUGCACGCCUCUUCUGUGCCAGAAGGAGCGCCAGAAAUAGUGUUUGUGCAUGCAUGUGUGUGUACUCUGGCCCACCGCGGCGUCUGUGGGACCGUGAACCAGCCCAAGCCACAAAAACUUUGCCGACCCCUGAAUUACGGCAUGCCAGCACAUCCAUCUGCAUUAUAUGACAUGUUCAGAAGGCCUGUUCAGAGUAAGUUUGCCAGGUCAGGAGCAUCCCAGAUUUAAGGCUCCAAAUCUGAGACCUGGGGUCAUCCCCAGUGAUGUCACGGGAUGGUGAUGUCACAGGGGCAGCCUCCAGUGAUGCCAUUGAGCCUGACAUAUUAAGCCAUAACCACAGUCGCUGAGAGCAUGCCAUUAAAUAAAAAACUGAAAGUCUAACAAAUGAGCAAAUAUAUCACUGCUUAGAAAUUAAGAUAGAAACCUCAGACACCCUCCCUCUUGAGAGUAUGUAGUAAUCUACAGCUGGCUCCUGCCGGGCUGAUGCUUGCAAGCUGCAUACACAUUCUUCUUAAUAAAAAUGUUUCUUAAAACUGCUCUCAUCCAACUGGGGUGUCAAGCCUUCCACCUUCUACCUGGGUGUGCCAGGCAAAACAACCAUAUUUCAAAGACCUGCAGAAAGAGGACUGUCUUCAGCUGAUGCCAGCCAAAUUGAUGGAAGGAGGAUGUGCUGCAGCUGGGGGUGCCAUUGUUGAGAAAGCUUUGUGGGGCGAUCAGCUGAUGUUGGCAUUGCCAUCCCUGCUGAAUCUCAGAGCCCAGACAGGACAAUAUGAGGAGAGAUGUUCUUUCAAGUAACCAGGUCCUAAGGUUGUCGGGUCUUUACACAUCAAAACCAACACCUUGAAUUGGUUCCAAGGAGGCAGCCUGUGCAUAUCUUUCAGGACCAGGGAGCAGAUAUGCUCAUUAUAUCUCCCAGAACUGCGUAUUGGUGACUUUGCAUUUCCAGUUGCUUUGACAGCGAUCAUUUCAAGUGGAACAUGCUAUUAACCAUUUCUCCCCUUUUUUCUUUAGGGCGAUAAAGGCCCACCAGGAGCAGCAGGGAGCCCUGUGAGUAUCUAAGCAAGCAAUGUCAGCAGGGGUUACUUGGGCCUAUAAUUUGUUUAUAGUGUGAACAUUAGUAUUAAUAAAAAUCUGCAAUCACUUUCAGGUUACAUACAGUACCUAUCUCCCAGCUUUGAGUUGUAUUGAACUGUCAGGAUUAGGUCUAGAAUGCAGAGCCCAAAAUACGAUGCUUAUGAGAAACUGCUGUUGUGGGAGGCUUAAGACCUGUUUUGUAACUGUUGGAAAGCAAAGACGGCCUUCAUUUUAAUAUGCAUUGUUUGUAAGUGGUAUCAGACCUUAUCACUGUAAAGCUGUGGUUUUGAUUGUGUGGGAAAUCAAAUUACUUUGCACUAAAAAACAACAACCCACCAGUCUGCUCCAGGGGGUUGGGGGACCCUCCAGAGCACAUCUGGGGGGCAUGUGGAGAGGGAAGAGGGAGUUUCAUUGCGCAAGUGGAACUGAACUUGCAGUGUUGGACAGAGCCUUUGGGCCGGCCCUGUGAACACCCCCCAGAGUGGCAGUGUGCAACUGUGAUGCUUUCACUUUCUUUUCUCCCUAAGAACACUUUCGAUUCCUCAAAUGUUUUUCUGUGACAGGGGGCCAAGGGAGAACCCGGCCUUCCAGGUCCAGAUGGCCCUCCGGGGAAACCUGGGAUUGAUGUGAGUACAAAUGGUUGUCCUCCUUUGCUCACUCCAAAUCCGGUGUGAUUUGCAUGCUUUGCUAGUACAGUCAAACUUUGGUUGUCGAACGUAAACUGUUCCAGAAGCCUGGUUGGCUUCUGAAAUGUUCCACAACUGAGAUGUGGCUUCCGAUUGCAAGCAGAAGCUGCGUUGGAUGUUCAGCUUCCGAAAAAUGUUCGAAAACCAGAGCAUUUACUUCCGGGUUUUCGCCGUUUGGGAGCCAGAACGUUCCAAAAUGGAGGUAUUCAGGAUCCGAGGUUUGACUAUCCAUUUUCAGCCUGUCCAUGGUAGGGUAGCAGGAUACUUUAGCAACUCAUGCUUUAUAUUUGUUUAUUUGUUUCCCCUACUUCCAUUAGACAUAUUAAAACAGGGGAAAUCUUCUGUAUUUGUAAGACUCCUGGCCCCACUGCCUGAGCCCCAUCCUGCCUGCACGAGGUCGAGCAUUGCCUGCUCUAUUUGUUUACUUUGCAAUCUCCUGCCCUGUGCUGAUUUAAAAAGCAAAGAGGGCGUGUUGUUUUGGUUAAAGAUAUCCUAGAAAAACACUAUUGUCCUCAGUUACAUCUUGAGCUGUUGAUAACAUGUCAGUGGCUGCAGCAGCAGGUGAAAUAGCAAACUGCGUGCUCUGCUUGGUGCCGUCGUGUUCCUGCAUGUGCUGUUAGAGGCAGAUGCACUGUCAAGGAGAUGCAGCCGCCUCCUGCUCAGAGAUUGAACUGCUAGCUAGAGAUGUGGGGGCUGAAGCCAGAAGGACUGCAACUUGUGCUAUCUUUUUUUUUGUAAAAACGGCACGCCCACAUCACUCCCAAUCACUCCCAAAGCUAAACCUUUUUAUUUAUUCACAGCAUUUCUUUUCUUUUUUUAAGAAAUAAGCUUUGUUUUCAAAAGCUAUAAACUAUAAAUACAGGUACAAAAGAAACAGAUAGAUAGAUAGAGGAAAUAAAUGGGGAGAAAGUACAAGAGAUGGAGAGAGAACACAUAUAAAUAGAAGUACCGGUACAUAACAUUUUUAUAGUAUUCCCAGAAUUUGAAUUUGUGGUUUAGCAUUUUCCUGUAUUUUGUGACACCAAUACAUAAUAAAGGGAUUCAAUCUCUUAUCAAAAUAUAGUUGUGCCUUGGAAGUCAAGCAGAAUCUGUUUGACUUCCAAAACAUUCGGAAACCAAAGCGUGGCUUCUGAUUGGCUGCAGGAAGCUCCUGCAGCCAAUCAGAAGCCCUGUCGGACAUUUGGCUUCAAAAAAUAGUUUGCUCGGGGUUUGCGGCGUUCGGAAGCCAAAACGUUCGAGAACUAAGCUGUUUGAAAACCAAGGUACAACUGUAGUUAUCUGCAUGCCCGCCUUCUUAUAAUAGUCCUCAGUUCAGUGUCUGAACAGUCUCCCAUGCUUUCAGAAAUAUGGCUGGCUGCUUCCACCUUGCCACACUUCCUGGAGUGCUGCUGCUUCAGAUUCUACUACUCUGAAACCCGUCCAGUAGAAAGUGCUGGGUAGGGGGAAUGGGCGCUUAUGUGUGACCCUUCUUUUUUUCUUCUUUUUUUAAAAAAAGUUUUUUAUUUUGCUUUAAACCAAUACAGGUAAAUAUAAACAACCAAAAUUACAAAAAAGAAAUGCUCAAUAAUAAUAAUAAUAAUAAGGGAUACAAAACUACUAAAAAUAUCAAAAUGCAUGGCGCAAAACAUGAGCCAUUAUUGGUUGGGGGGGGAGGAGGGAAGGAGAAGAAAAGGAAAAAAAGAAGAUAGAAAAACGAGCCAAAACACAAGAAGGCUCGUCUAUUGUACACUUCCGUCAAGGUCACAACAGAUCAUUAUUCUUAUCAAUUCCCUCUAUCUGCAUUCCAUGGAGUCCCUCAUCUUGGUAUCAGGGAACAUUUCCCUAUGCGGUAUCAUUCUAAACAUAACCAGGUCUUUAUUGAUGAACCCUUGCCCCUCAAAUAAUUAUUUAAACAUUCCCAUUCUUCUUUCACCAUCUUUUUAGGUUUAUCUCCUAUUGCAUCUGUCAGCUUCGCAAUCUCCAAGUACUCACACAAUUUAACAACCCAUUCAUCUUUACUGGGUGUAUUUGUAUCUUUCAAGUGUUUUGCCACUAUAACCCUUGCUGCUUACGUCGCAUACAUAAAUAACCUGAUUUUGUUUUUGGGAAUAUUAUUUGAUACAAUUCCUAAUAAGAAUUCUUCCGGUUUCUUGCUAAAUGUAGUUUUUAUCGAUCUCGUUAUCUCUUCAUAAAUCAUAUUCCAAAACCUUUGUUUCUCUGGACAGGACCACCACAUAUGGUAGUAUGUUCCUAUCUGUUCCUUACAUCUCCAGCACUUAUUAUUAUAUGAUUGAUUUGUUUUUGCUAGUUUUACCCUUGGUCACCUCAUAUAUUUAAGGUAAGAAUGGAAAGGACAAAGCGGGUGGGGGAGGCAUCUAGUCUCCCCCCUCCCAACCUGGCUGUGCCUGUGAUCACUGGGAUUAGUAGCAUAAAGUAGGUAAUUUAGGAAUCUUGGUAAGGGAAUGCACAUUUGAGGGUUUUUUAUGAAAUGCUAGUUUAGAUGACUAGCUUAUUUCUUGAUUUAGCAGUGAAAGUUAUACGCACAUGCCUGCAUUUCCACAAAAACUUUAUUUUACACCUGCAGUUUCUAUUUCUGGAUGCUCUGCAGCUGUGGCAAAGAUUUUUGGUUUGAAUUCGCCGCUUCACCCAUUUCUUUUCCAGCCCUGGUGUUUUUACCUAUUUUAUUGCAGAUGCCAGUUGAUAUCCCACAAGCUGAUCCUGUAAUUCUCUUUCCAUUUUUUUACAGGGUCUAACGGGAGCAAAAGGGGAACCAGGACCUUUUGGGCGACCCGGCCCCAAAGUGAGUGACUGUUUUCUGUGUGACUCGAGGAGAUGGAGUGGUUCUUUUAAGACUGGCUUGUGAUUGUGACAGCUGUGCAUUGCAGAUGCUGUAGUGGGGGCUGAAGUCCUCCAAAUGAGGACCAAUUGGGGGACAAAAUGAUUCAAAGUGGUUUUGGAUGCAUGUAUGCACUGUAUACAUCCCCAGCAACUACAGCAGGGGGAAACGGGGGGUGUAAUUGGCCUAUGCAAGGUAACAGAGGCCUUAGGUGAAUUCAGACAACAAUACUGUCCAGACUGCACCUGCAAACACAAGAGCUUCAAUCUUAUCUGGUAGGGCUGGGUCCUUGGAGCUCAUAUCUGCAUCUGUCCCAUGAAGUAGAUCUGCAGCUUAAGUCAUAUUCCACUUGUGUGGAUCCUGCUACACCGAAUAUCUCUUCCCUCUUGCAUUCACUCAGGGCCAGACUGGACUUCCAGGACCUCCAGGGCUUCCGGUAAGUGUUUAUUCUUUAUUGGCUGUAUUUGUCAAGAAAGUAUACCGCUAUAUGAACGCAUCCAGUGUACACAAUCACGCCAACAUGUUGGAUUAUAGUUGAGUGUGGUGAGAGUGGGCUUGCACACUCCCCUCCUCUCCUCCAGUGCGGCAGUAAGGAGGAGUCAUAUAGCAUUCACUUUUAAACUAACCACAGUUGCUUGUUACCUUUGGACUUGGGGAAACUGUGGUUUGUUGAAACAAGCCAAAAUCAAACUGUCCUUUAUGGUGCUGGCUUGUUAACAACCCGUAGUUUAAACUAGCCAGAGACCCCCCAGGUUUAGACACAGAGGGGAGCUCUCAUUAGUUUAAAAGUGGAAGCAAGUGCUUCUGAUCUCUUCUUUGCAGCCAGAGGAGGGAGCAUAUGAGCCUGGGGCUUAUCAAGGCUCGUUCCUAUAGCUCUAAGAUAUAGUUUAGAGCAGGUGUAGCCAACACAGGCUACUUUGGGCCAAUUGCCAUCUCUUAGCCUAACUUGCCUUGCAGGGUUGUCGUGAGGAUAAAAUGGGGAGUGGGUGGGGGGGAAGCUAUGUAUGAAACCUUAAGCCCCGCAGAGGAGAGAUAGAAGGCAAACAUACUAAUAACUAAGUCACUUAUUUGUUAAUGUCCCAUUGAUUUAAGUAGAGCUACUCUAAGCACGGAUAACAGUUCAAUCCUAAUAAUCCAUCUCUACUAGGGUAGACAGAAGGUGGUGGACUCUUUCACUGGAGGGUGUGUUUUGACCUGCAAGAUGUUUUAAGCCUCUGCAUUGUGGUUUUGAUGGAUCUGAGUGCUGCACGCUCAGUUGCUAUAUUAGAUCUGUUGGUUUUUUUGUUUGUAACUGUUUUUAUUUGCCUAAACUGUCUGUCACCCAAAGAGAACCCUGGUUAUGGGGCAGGUGACUCAGAAAUGCAGUUAAUUAAUAUGACGCAACCAGAUUGGGAAAAUGAGGCAGCUGCUCUGCCUCUGGGAGAUGCCUCAGCUGCAGCCUUCAUGUUUUUCAGCUGGUUUCUUCAACGCAGCAUGAUUGUUUACUGUGGCUGUCUUCUCAUUUCAGGGGCCUGGGCUGAAAGGAUCUCCUGUAAGUGCUGUUCAUGUGAGCUUGGGUUUGGCUGGCGGGAGGCAGUAUGCUGGAUUUGUGAGGGGUGCUUACAGGAGUGUGUGCUCAUAGCUUGGCUUGGAGGAAGGGGCAGUGACCCAACACAAAGGGUCUUGUGCUGUCACAGCGUUGUGAGCAGUGAUGUGCCACUGGUUUGGCAACUUUUUAUUAAAAAAAAUAAUCACUUUAUUAGUUCAGCCAUUUGGAAGAGGGAUCUUGAGCCAAGACGUACUGGAGGGUGGAGUGGAGUUUUUCCAGCCAGUGGGCCAAAUCCUGGGUUUCCUCACUCCCGUGAGCUACCUUGGUGGGUAGGUAGGGAUGCCCACAUGCCAAUCACUUGGUGUCAUCAUGACAUCAUGAAACGAAGAUCCCUGCUGAUCUAAGAAGGGCUUGAAUUCAGCACCUCUCAGCAGAGUAUGACUCCACUUGGGAGCACUGACUGUCAAGGAGCAACCAGGAGCCCAUUUCAAGGCUCCCAGUUGUUCCUUUGCAGCCACAUCGUAUGUAUAUAUUCAUAUAAUAUUCAUAUAAUAUAAUUCAUAUAAUAUUCAUAUAUAUUCAUAUAAACAAAGAUUAUAGGAGUAACAAAUGAAACAAAUAAAUAAAUAGACCAAGUCUUCUAGCGUCAUUUGUAUAUCACAAAAAUUGAAUAAUAAAUUUGCAGGAAUAUCUGUGGUUCAUUAUUUGUGGCCAAUGCCACAUCUUUACCUGCCCCAUAACUGACAUAUAUGAUGACAGAUGUGGGACAAGGGGAUGUGGCUUGGGGGGAAAUAGCCCCACGAGAGCCCUGCAGGCCUAAUUUGGCCCACAAGGCAGAGGUUACCCACUGCUUCUCUGCAUGCACCAGACGCUGACUGACAGCAAGGGGUGGGUGAGUGGGAAUUUUGCUUAGUGGCAGAGCGCCUGCUUUGUAUGCGGAAUGUCUGAAGUUCAGUUUCCAGCAUUUUCAGUUAAAAGACUCCUCUAGCAGGUGAUGGAAAAAUGACUCCUCCCUACCUGACCUGCUGCCAGAGUAUUGGGCUAGAAUCUAGAUCGAUCUGACUCAGCGUAAAAUAAACCAGCCUUAUCUGUUGAUAACUAUCCAGACUUUUGCUGGAUUAAACAGAUUUUUUCCUUGCUUGGUCAGUGGCCAGAAUUAGAAAAUGCAAACCCAGAAGUGCCUCCAGAUGAGCUCUCUCUCCUGUUAAACGUGCACACACUUGUGCUGAAAUAGGGCACAUAUGUUCACUAACGUGUCACUUAAGUGGGAGAAUGAGGCACUGCGUUUUUAGCAGACAUAGAUGGAAUCGUUUGCUGUAAGCCGGAGCGUGCCUGCUCAUCUCUCCUUCUUGCUUGCUAGCCUAGCAAACACUUUGCCACCGCAGACGUCCAACAGAGCCUGAACAGAGGGCUGUUCCCAUCAUAUGACUAAAACAAAGCAUUUUCUCCCCUCUCUGUUUCUUUCUCUUAAGGGCUCUCCAGGCCAGGUUGGACUCCCUGGAGAAAUUGGAGCUCUGGGACCCAAGGUAAGGGAUCCAGCUGAGAUGGGUGAAUACUACUUGGGGUUUGCUGGCUUUCCUAGGCCUGCUCUGCAAUAAGAGCCUGGCUCUAUGCUGCUACAGUUGUCAGAAGUAGAUAGGCUUUACCUGUUGAAAAUUAAGAUGUGCAGAGAAAACUGAAGGGGAUUAAAGGCAAGCACAGGGAAAGCUGAAGCUGGAGGGCCAUAUCUUAAUGGUACAGCAUAUUAUUUUUAUUAUUACUACUACUACUACUACUAAUUAAGUUAAACAUUAGUCAUUUUCAAAACAAAAGUAACUCAAAGGGACUUACAACAAUAAACAAACUCACACUAGCAUAAAUUAAAACAAUGACAAAUCUAAAACACAGCCCUGUUUUUUAAAGGCAGGAUUAAAACAUCCCACCCAGUCAAGGUGGUUACAGUUAAUUAAGAGCCAAAGGCUUGGAGAAAAAUGAAUGUUUUUGCCUGCCGGCUUAAGAUAUGUAAUGAUGGCCUCAGGGGAGGUUCCCUGAGGAGAGCAUUUCACAAAUGGGGAGCCACUGCUGAAAAGGCCUGUUCUCGUGUUGCCUCCCUCCAUAUACCUGUUAUUUACCUCAACUGCCUCACUCAUCCUCAUCUUCCCCAUCCUAACUCUUAAUGAAAAUUUGCCCCUAAAGGAGGGAGAAGGUGACCCUGAGAUGGAGAAAGGCAUCUAGGGGCACUGGGAUCAUCUCCAGCUUUCUCUGCCUUUCUCCUAAUGAAUUUUUAGAAUUUUGAAUAGUCAGAGCAUAGAUAUUUUUCAUGUAUUGACUGUAGCACAUAGCCAGGCCUUAGACCAGGCUCCCUCAAACUCAGCCCUCCAGAUGUUUUGAGCCUACAAUUCCCAUCAUCCCUGACCACUGGUCCUGCUAGCUAGGGAUCAUGGGAGUUGUAGGCCAAAAACAUCUGGAGGGCUGAGUUUGAGGAAGCCUGCCUUAGACCCAGUGUUCAUUGGCAUCCAGAGCUUCUGUGAUUUAUAUUUGCGUAUUCAAAUGGAUAGACCAUGCUGCACAAACAACUCAGGUUGGGGUGGGAAUCAGCAAGGCUGCAACAAUAUGCAAAUCUAAACGUAAACAGGUGGGUGGGUCCCCCUGUAGCCAAGGGGCUCAUGUGCUAAGGAGAGGGGAGAGGACAAAAGAUCCAGAAGUAGAAAGAAAUAUGUCAGCAUAAAAUGAAAACAGCUACAUCUCUUCCCAAUUGCUUCCAUUAUCUCAUCCUCUUCUGUAUCACUAGGACUGUGUAUGCUAAUAUAAUUGAACUUCUCUGCCAAAUUCUGUAUCAAUAUGUGCUGUAGGCUACAACUUGCAUAAAUUAUGCAAAAUUAUAUUUGCAUAAACUAUGUGGCACAUGUAUUCUGCAUGUUGUUGUUUUGUAGUAUUCUGCAAAAUGUAUGCUUUUUCUGUUAGGCAUGAAGGCAGCAGGGGCGAGAAAAAUGUUCCCUUCCACCUAAUUCAGAAAUCCCUUUCCGUUCAGACACACUCCAAAUGGGUUUCCCAUGCACACUUUCCAAAAUGCCUUUGUAAACAUAAGAAACAUACUUUUUAGAAUGAAACUCGUAUUCAUCUUCCCCAUGAUGUUUUGCUCUUCCUCUGUGCCACUCUGCAGAACUGCGGCGUAAACGUAAACCUGGCCUAAGACCUUUCCUCCCUGUCCUUAUCACUGUAUGUUCAUUCUCAAAUUCCCCUUUUUUUCUAAGUGGCCAAGCAGUCUUUCCAAGGGCUGCAGAUCAGUGGAAGAGCAACUGCUUUGUACUCAUGAGGUCCCUGAUUCAAUCCCUAGUGGCACCUCCAGCUGGAGCUGAGAAAGACUGAGACUCUGGAGUGCUGCUUACUAGUCACUGUUGGCAACAGUAAGCUAGAUGGACCAAUGCCUGGCUUGCUAUGAAUGAGGCAGCUUCCUGUGUUCAAGCCAGGUUGUGCGUUCCCAUCAUCUGCUAAGCCAUUAUUCACCAAAGACAGCCUCUGUUCUUUUCCUUCCUCGGUUAACUCAUCCUCUCAGCAACUCCUGUCAUAGUCAUUAUCUUCACCCUGAUAUUGAUGCUACCUUACUGUACUCUUGCCUGCCCAUCAGCACCUUUGGGUAUUUGGGCCUUCAUGUCUUCUUCUGGUGGCUGUCAGUGACUCAUGUUAAAAAACAACAUUUAGUAACUUCCCUGCGUAGGGACUGUGACAGUAUUAAAGGGGAACAUUCUGGAUUGUUUUUUCACAUGUUAGGCUGCUAGUCUCUUGACUUUCAUGUCUCUUUCAGGGCGUACGUGGACCAGAAGGGCCACAAGGGCCUCCAGGGCCUCCUGGGAAACCUGUAAGUUUUAUUGCUACUACUUGGGGUAAUUUCCAUAGAAUUGGAGGGGGAAACACUUACAAGGUUGGAAGCAGCCCUGGCUGACAGCUAGAGACUACAAUGCCCAUGAUGCCAUGCAAGUGUGAUACUUUAUUUAAAAAAAUGAGUAACUACUGUGGGCUGUGGGAAGCACCUUUCCCUGUGCAAGUUGACCAUGCACAUUUAUUUUUUGAUCUGCUCCAGGCUGUGACCUCUAUUGGUUGAAUCUUAAAUCUUUUCUUCCGGUUAAAAAUGAGAGGGGACAGUCCUCCUCUCCCUUUCUCAGGCUGAUGCACAUAUUGCCAUUUUGGAUGCUUGAUUGUUUUUCUUUUCUUUUGCAGGGCCCUGUUGGGCGCAUCCAAGGAGUUGAAGGCAGUGCAGAUUUCUUGGUAAGGAGGGUUGCAUUUACAUGCCGUGUUCCAUUAAAAAAAAUAAAAAUGAAAGCCACCCAUCUUGUACACGAUGCUUGAAAAGUAGAAGGCAAAAGAUAGAAAGUGCAUUUGGGAUUUUGGCUUGGAUUCCUUUGUUGGCACAGAUUCAUUGGAUGUUUUCAGAGCUUGGCGGUUCCUGUUUUGCCAUUCCUUUAAGGGUGGCAGUGUGCACAGCCAUAACUAGUCAGAAUCCAUGAUGUUUGGUACGCAUGGUGCAUUGCACACUGAAUGCAGAUUCAUAUUAAGGACAUAAGGGCCCUGCUGAAUCACUCUAAAGGAUUUAGCUCCUGCACCUUGUUUCCAACAGUGGCUGCCAGACACAUGCUUCUGGAAAGCUUAUAAGCAGGGUAUCGUACUCACAGCAUACAGAAACUUCAUGUAGCUAUCAUAUCUGCUGAUAGGCCUAUCCACCAUGAAUUUGUGCUUUCUGCUUUUUCAGCCCAGUGGCCAUCAACAUAAAGCAAGCGUGGCUAACCUGUGGCUCUCCAGCUGUUCUUGUUGGACUCCAGUUUCUGUCCUCUCCAGUCAGUCUGGCCAGUGGGCACAGAUGCUGGGAGUUGUAGUCCAUCAACAUCUGGAGAACCACAGCUUCUCCAUCCUUGCUAUGGGUGUUCAGAGCAGAGGGAAGGGAACUUCUUUCUCACCCUCAUUGCCUCUCUGCAAAAGUGCAUAGUUGAACUAAGAGGGUUGCUUCCACAAGUUGUACAGUAUAUUGAUGGCCACCAACUUUAGAAGAAGACUAGACAAAUGCAGGAGGAUAGUGUAUUAACUAUGAUGGCUAUGUUCUAUGUCCACCAUCAGAGGCAGUAAUACCUCUGAAUACCAGUUACUGGGAAUUGCAAGUGAGCAGAGUGAUGCUGUGCUCAGAUCCUGCAUCUGGUUCGUCACUGUGAAAACAGGAGGAUUCCUCAUCAUCUCUCUUUGCUUGUCCUGAUGUUCUCCUCCUUUUUUCCCUUCACAAAAAAUAAGGCCAUGUAUAAACCUAUUAGUUUAUCACUGUAAGGUUCCUGGAGGAGGAUACUACCUGGAGAUCUUGUGAAAGACCAGGUAAUGUGGGCUUUAGGAGGAGUAGCUUGUGUUUAUCCCUAGCUGCUAAAUUCCUUCUCAGUUGAGACAGACCUCUAAUCUCCUCUUCCUUCCCUUUUCUCCUCACACAGUGUCCAACCAACUGCCCAGCUGGACCCAAAGGCCCUCAGGGAUUACAGGGCUUGAAGGUAAAGCAUUACAUGUUGUUUUGGGGUUGAUAGUGGUUAUGGUAACCUCAAGGAGUUGGGGAAUCUUGGACAGCUGCUCUUGGAUAGCUAAUCGAUCCACAUACCCUUGAAUGCUGAGGUGAAUGAACCUGAAUUAGCUAUUACCUUCUACUCUCAUUGUCACUAACAGAAAUACCAAAAUCCUGCAAUAUGUUUGGCACCAGCUUGGCAGCAGGAGUUGCCAGAAGGAGGCGUAGAAGAUGCCAUCCAAAUAUCUUAGGGACUCCACUCUGAAUUUGUGUAGGAGGUUCGGGAUCAGAGUUUUCCUUCCCAGGUAGACAAGCCCCAUCUGCCCCUCACUUCCCUCUACUGCAUGUGCAGAAACUGCCUUGUUGACCAUUGAACCCAGUAUUGGUCUUGAAGCCAUUUCCCAGGGUGUGGUGUGCUGACAGUUUCUAGGAGCCACAAAUGAGAGCUGAGUGCAGAGUGGGGACCAAAAGGGGACAAACUACCCCAGGAGGAGCACAACAUGUCCCCCACCAGAGGUACUACCCGUCCCCUAACACUUCAUAUACCCCAAGGCCUGAAGUAAGGAAGAGAAAACCUCUCUGUUUCUUCACAAAUUAUAGUGUUCUUGUUCAAUUUCCUCUGUAAAGUGUUAGCAGGAUCCCCCCCCCCCUUUGGAUUCCUUCUGUGUUAUUUAAGUGACUUUGCUUUGCAGAGGAUUGGAUUGGGAUGUGCGAUACACCAGUUCAAAUCCCUGCUCAGUCACAUAAGGUUCACAGAGGCCAGCAAGCUGCUGUUUCUCAGGACAAUCUGCUACGCAUUGUUGUUGUUAGGCAACAAUAACUCUUGAGGAAGGGUGGGUUACAAAACUUGUAUUAAUGAAAACAGCAAAGUGUCUUGUAGGACCUCAAAAGACUAGAGCAGAUUUAUGGUGGCAUAAGCUUUUGUGGAACUAGAGUAUAAUCAUCAAAUGUUUCUGUUGGAGUAGAUUCUAGGCCAUGAAAGCAUUUUGCCAUAACAAAUUUGUCAUUUUAAGGUACUAGAAAACUGUUGCUUUUGCUUCGAGAGACUAACAUGCAGUAGCUACCUCUCUGCUCAAACCUUAUUAAAUAAUACAGCCUUCACCAACCUGUUGCCCUUCAGAUGUUGUUGGACUACAACUCCCAUCAGUCUCUGCCAGCAUACCCAGUCAUCAGACUGGAUGGCACCAGGUUGGCAAAGGCUGAAAUAAUAGGCAAAUGAGCACUGUUUGCCCAUUCUCUUUCUCAAAUGAUGAGUUAGGCCCACACAGAAAUGGCAGUACUCCAUCCUUUUUCUGUGGUAGUUACUAGGCCACAAAAACAUGGUGGCUCUCUCUCCGUCUCUGCUUAUAACGAUGGUUGCUAAGGGAACACAGUCUAUGGAGCACCUGUCCAUUGUGGUUGCUAAGCAACAUGAUGGAUAUGGUCCUCUAGAGGUGGCUGCUAGGCAGUGCUGUAGCUGUGAUGCUGUAAUUUAUCUUCUCAUGCAGGAAUAGGGAACCUGUUGCCCUCCAGAUGCUGUUGGGCUCCAGUUUCCAUCAGCCCAAGCCAGCAUGGCUAGUGGUCAAUGAUGGUGGGAACUGUAGUCCAACACUAAAUAGAGGGCCAAGAUUCCCCUAUAGUGGCAUCUGGUAUUCCUUUUUCUGCUCUGUGAGCCUGUUGCUUCUUUAAUUAAAACAAUCCUGGUAUGUCAUUGCUUUAUCUGACACCCAUCUUUUUGAAAUUUCAAAACAAAUUUUCUAGCCGUUGUGGCUGGUCGGUCUUUCUUUCUUUCUUUCCCAAUAAUCCUUGUGCUUGGAGUUGUGAAGAUGUGUUUGGGAUAUGCUUGGAUUUCUUAUUGGUAUGCCUGAGAACUCUCUGUCUCUCUCGUCUCUGUCUCUGUCUGUGCGUGUGUGUGCAUUCGUGUGGUCAAACCCCAUGUAACAACCACUAGCAAAUCGCAUCGUAAUUGGUUGGAGAGGUGGCAUGCUGUUUGAUUAUAGAGUAGGAAACUAUUCAUUCUAUGUGAGACUCAGGCAGCCUUUAAAAUGUUGGCUUUCUUUCUCUAUAGGGACACAAAGGCCGUCCUGGAGCUCUGGGAGAGCCUGGCAGACAGGGCAGACCAGUGAGUACAUACUUGGUCUAUCUCUUCAUGGUACCUGCAGUUGAUUUUAAGGAGAAGGGUGCAGCCUGGGCAACUGAAGUGCUAUUCACACAUUACGCAACAGCAAACCCAGCCUGGCAACUGGAAUUACGUUCAGCUGGAACCCCCAUCUAAUCUGGGCUCCCCGUGAAGUUUAUGUGUACAUUUGCAAAAUUAAGGCUGUUCCCAUCUACUCCAUUUUCCCCCCAUGUGUAGAUCCUUUAAACAUAAAGAAACACCACAUCAUGUGUGAACCAGCCCCGGGUUCUGAGAUCUUCAUAUUUAGAGUGUUGUUGGCAUGGUCUUAGGGAUCUUCCAGGCGACCUUUUUAUUGAACAUCCACCCUGAUUUGUUUUCACAAAGUGUGUGUGGAAGUUAUACUACAUUGUGUCAAGUGAUGGUUAUCCCCCCAUUUGAUUUCCUGUCACUUUCCUUACUGCAAAAAGGCUGGGUGGUUUGUUUUUUUAUGGAAGCACAUGAACACCAAAUCUGCUUCCUUUAUUAUUUUAAAAUUUUAUAAGAUUGAAUCCCACCUGCAAAAUAGCAACAGGGUUGCCAUAUUUUGAAGAGCAAAAAAGAAGACACAUUUACCGACUUCUGCUUUUACCUUUGAAUUGCUAUGAUGACUGUACUCAUGAAAAAGAGGACGUGUCCUGGAAAAAGAGGACAUAUGGCAACCCAAUGGAAACAGUUUCAUUGUUAGGUGUUGGAAAAGAGAGAGGCAGAUAAAAAGAAGUUGUGGGAUGAAGAUUUUUUUUUUAAGGAAGAAAGCAAGGGGAGACAUGAAAAUUGCAUGGCAAUACCAAGGGCAAGGAGAAAGACAGACUUGUGUAGGAUGAUGAGGGAAGACCUAAUACACCUUGACAGCAUAGAAUUGAAUGUAGAUUUCCUAAAUUCUUUUCCAUUCUACCAUAGAAUCAAACUUACAGCUUAAAGUCCACAUUUCCAAGCUGGUUUUUGCAUUUUUGUUUCACUUGUAGCUCUGACAUGUUCCUGUUAUUUAUUUAUUUAUUUAUUUAUUUAUUUAUUUAUUUAUUUACAUUUCCUCAGGGUCCGAAGGGUGAUGUGGGCCUCUCUGGAGAACAAGGCAUUCCUGGCCCUCCCGUAACGUAUUUAUUUAUUUCUGUUUCUUAAUGUUCUUGUUUUCAUCUUAGACCUGUGGGGACAUAAUUUAUAUGUUGUAUUUUGUCUUUCCACCAGGUCAGUGGAGUUAUAUUAACUGUAUUAAUAUGGACACUUUUUUCAAGAAAUGUGGAUUUCUUCUUUUAUUCCUGCCUGUUCGGUUGUGCAAAUAAGUCCACGAAAGGGUUUACCAGUGUAUCUGUUCACAUACAACCUCACCUGGUCACCUAGAGAUAUGCUCAUUCCUUACCACAGGGGACCAGAUAUGCUAUUGUUUAUACCCCUGUAUUAGAUAAUAUUGAGACUUCCAUACAGUUUAUGAGGUUAAUUAAUAUAACCUUCAUUUUUACUUGGUAUUAGGUUAAUGGUUUCUGUUUUUAGUUUCUCUACUUGCUAAUUGUCAAAGGGGGGAAAAUGGCUGGAGAAAAAUAUGUUUAUGAUGUAGCCACUUCAGUCUAGGCAUAUUGGGGGGCCGGUGAGGUGAGCGAGUGGGGAACUAAAUAAGACUUUGUUUGUUUGUUUUUAAAUUUCAUAUUAUACACAUAGCACAGUUUUAUUUAUUUAUUACCCACCUGUGGUGUGAGUCCAUUGGACUCAAUAAAAUUUACUUCUGAUUAGAUAUGUACAGGAUUGAGCUGUAAAUUGUAUAUAAUGCUUUUCAUGUUUGGAAUGCAGCCUGCAAACCCCUGCUGCUUUCACUGCUUGCUUCUGGAAGAGCCUUUGCAGGGCACUUCCAGAUGACCUAUUUAUUGAGCAUUCAUCCUGAUUUGUUUGUAGCAAGGUUACCAGAUUUUUUUCAAUGAAUCCGGGGAAACUUUUCAACUUCAAUGGAUUUUGCAUGGGGACUGAUGUGUAAAUCCGGGGACUGUCCCCGGAAAACAGGGGCGUCUGAUAACCUUAGGUUAGAGUACCUGCAUCAAAGCAGGUGCUUUCUCACAUUCUGGUUCAUUUCCCUAUCACUUUUCUAAUCUCAGAAAGUCCAAUCUUUUGGGGAAACACCUUUGUUGCGCAAGGCCUCUCAAAAUCACCUACAAUUGACAACCUGUAACAGAUUUAAUUCCACCCCGAAAUAGUGACAGUCUGGGAAGGACCAUAAUUCUUAACAGUCAGAGCCUGAUUACUUACCAGUGAUCACUUUUUGACAUGUGGGGUGUAUCAUAUAGGCAGACUCUAGAGUUCAAAGGCAAAGUGGGAGGAGGGUCAAUUUGGGACUGUAUUCUUGGCCAAUCCAUCUUAGUUUAUCGCAUUACCAUUGAGGCAUUCUGCUCUCAGGGUCUACAAAGAGCUCACUUUCCCACCGAAUUCAUUAGUUCAAAACUCUUCUGCUUUGGUGAUAAGAAGGAAUUAAAAGGACGGAAUUCUUUGUUGAAGCCGGGUGGAAACUUUGUCUUUGCUUGAGUAAAUGUUAUGGUCCUUUCACUUAAUAUAAUCAUUAAACUAAUGUCUCGACUCCUGUAUGGGGUUGUGGGCAGGAAAUAUCAGCAUUAGGUGAUAAUCAGUGAAUCAGACAGAAAAGGUGGUGAGGAAACUGGUGAUUAAUCUUUACGGGUAAUGACUUCCCACGCUUCAUCCAUGGAUGGAUAUUUUUCAAGAUGACAGAUGGGUUGGGGGUUUGAACAGCUUUAGCUGCGAGAUGAGACCUCACCCAGAAGGAAGGUAAUUAAUCCAGGCUUGGUUUCCUUUUCUUUCCAGGGCCCACAAGGUCUCAGAGGAUAUCCUGGAAUGGCAGGCCCCAAAGGAGAGAUUGUAGGUACACUAGGCAGAAGGGAAAUGGUGAAUGAGCUGAUGAUGUCACAACUCAGCAGGACACCAUUUUGGGAGUUUACUUUUGUCAUCGGAGCACAAAGAGUUUGCUGUGAAUCUUAAUGUCUGCUUCUUUUCACUCUGUGUUUGCAUAGGGCCCUCAAGGUUAUAAAGGCAUGAUUGGAACCAUUGGGGCUGCAGGGCCACCGGUAACUCAUUUAUUCUUCGUUUUUGGGUUUGUUUUUCUGGUUAACCCUACACAUUCACUAUGGUCCCAUGUCUGAGCCCUUUGACCAGUGGCAUGCGGCGAAAUUUUUCAUAGGGGAAUAGUUAGGGCCAGAGGCGCCAUCUUGUGAGGGUGAUUAGCAGGGGAGGGGGAUGUCCUGACGUCACAUGUGUGAGCAUUGUGCCUCCCUCCUCAAGCCAGGCAGAAGCUUCAAAGGCUUUGGGAAGGAAGCACCAGGCCUCUGACAGGAUGUUGAAGACUUGUUGCCCCCUUCCCAAAGCCAGAUGGCCUUUGGGAAGGUGGAGGAAGGGCUCUUGGAUCCUGUCAGAGCAUCAAGCCUCCCUCCUUUAGCUGGGCAGAAGCUUCCCAGACUUUGGGAAGGAGGCGCCAAGCUUUAAUACUUUAAUACUCUAAUUAAGGGGACUAGCCUAGUUCCCCAUGUCCACUGACUGCACGCUACUGCCUUUGACAUCGUGGAUUGAAACUGGAUUGUGGGUGUGGAAGUCUCUUCCUUGGUUUUUGCCAGAGGAGUUUUCUGAGAGGAUAAUCUGAGCAGAUGUCCCAGGAGCUGGACAUCAAAGGACAUCAGUUCUCUGACACCACAGAACUUCUCCUGGGCCACAGGGCUUGGCUGUUUACCCAUGUUCCACUCUGCACCACAUGCUAAAAGGAACUCGUAGGAGUUACUGGCCCUGUAAGAAGCAUUCAUAAAAGAUGCUAGAAACAACAUUUUGCCCUGCUCUCUUUUGAACUUGCGAACAUGGUUAAUACAGCAUGUAAUGCAGCCAUUUCUUAAACUCAAAUAGUGGCUCCCUCAAGGGUUUCAAUAAAUCAUUGCAUUUAUGGUGUACAUUUCAAAUUUUCAAAGUGUGUGCUGUACAUGAGUUCAGCUAACCUUCUGCUUCAAAUUCAGAGGCGGAGCUAGCUGCUCCAGCACCCAGAACGGUGCACAUGCUGUGCACCUGGAGGCGCGGCUAGCGCCCCAGGGCGAGCGUCCCAGGGGGGCGGGGCAGCGAUGUCACCCCCCCUCAGGGAUGACACCCAGGGCGGACUGCACCCACCACACCUCCUUCCUCCACCAGUGUUCACAUUUGUGUUUGGUCUAUUGUUAACCAGUUAAACUUUUUUCUAGGGGGUAUCCGUGUUAAGUCUUUUUCACAAUCUUGUAACCUCACAAAGAUAGUCAAAUGGGGCUAAUUCUACCAUUUCCUGUUGCUGUCUUUUGGGUGAUUUAACAGUUGCUGGGUUUUUUGUGUGCUAUUUUAUUGGAUAUAUAUUUAAUUGCUUUGUGUUACACACACAGAGAUAUAUGCCACUUGGAUUGCUUUGACAGAAAAAUGAGGAAGAAAUAACGAACUGUACAGCCUGAUGCUGGUUAUUUUGUAAUAUUUGCGUAUCUUAGAUGUGGGGGAAGAAGUAUCAGGCCUUAAAAUGACAGUGGCUUGCCUAAGUAUGUCUGUGAUUAAGGGUUUUUUGUUUGUUUGCUUUAAACCAGGAACUUCUUGGUUUGGAGCUCUCACACUUACUGCACAAUCAGACUCAUUACCAAUGGGGCUCACUCUCAAUUUAGCGAGCAUAGGGAUUACAGGAUUCGCCACUCUACUCCCCCACUCUCGAAAGAUGCAAAUUGUCUAUCCAUAAUCACCUGGAAUCAGAAGCUCUUCCCAGCUCUCUGGCUCUCCAUAAACAAAUUGAAUCAGGCUUCAGGGACUUUAGAAGGAUCCAUGUUGGAGUCCAUGUUCUCUGAAAAGGAUUAUUAGAGUGCUUCCAGAUAGUUGGGCAUGUUGUGGGAUUAAAAAGGUCAGCCCAUAUCCCUUCUCCUCUUUAAUUUGGUAUUUAAAAAACCCUAAAAAACCUCUAUUGCCUCUGAUAUCUCAGUAAACUGCCUGCAAUAUUAAAGACACAUGUUAAUUUUAGGAAGGCUUGAAAAUAUUCACUUUCUUUUUCAUUUUCUAUUUUAACCAUAAAACAUUUGUUGUAGGGUGAAGAAGGACCCAGGGGACCACCAGGACAGGCUGGCGAGAAGGGAGACCUUGUGAGUAAAACAUUUCACUGCAGUAUUCAGUUGAAUCAUCAGGAGAUAAGCAGUUUCAUGAUAAGGGUGCUCCUUUGACCUUUUUUUUAUUUCUUGAUAAAUUCACACCACACCACCCUAUCCCAGGGGCUCAAGAGCAUGUGACAACUCUCACUUCAUUAAUUUAUUUCACUGAUUUUAGAUAUUUCAGUUAUAUAUCCCAUCCUUCCUCCAAGGCUCUUAGGGCAGCAGAGCAUAUAUUUCUUCCCCUACCCCUUUUAUUCUUGCAAGAACCCUGUGAGGUAGGCUAGGCCAGUGGAUCCAUGCCAGUUUUACAGCUGAAAGGGAAUUUGAAUUUGGCUCUUCUAGAUGUGAAAACCGGGGCAAGGGCUGUCACUCGGUGGCAGGGCAUCUCUUUGCAUACAGGAGGUCCCAGGCUCUAUCCCCAGUGGCAUCUCUAGGUAGGACUGGGAAAGGUGCCUGCUGCCAAUCAUGGGAGACAGCGCUGAGCUGGAUGGACCAAGGGUCUGACUUCCCAUGUUCCCAACAGCACUGGAAAUUCACUUGGAACUGGGCAUCUUAGAGACGGCAGAGCAUGUCCAAUUAGAAUUAGUUCUUUAAUCUGCUCCCCAUCUACAUCUGAAACUGCUUUUUGAAACUCUCCCAAGAACCUGAAGGGAAGAGCUUUCUGACCCAUGCUUCCCUCCCCCCAGCUGUGAUGUUUGAACAAUACCGUUCCUUCCCUCUUUAUUUCACCGGGGCAACAAAAACCUCAGCUCCUUCCAGGUUCCACUGGCUCAUUAACUCAGCCAUCAUCAAGAUGCAUGUUGACUUGCCUUCAGUACAAAUGGGAUUAGUGGGAUUCCAGCCUCCCUGCUGUAGCUGAAGUGGGGGGAGUUGGAGUCUAAACUUGUAUCAUGAAUCUUGCUUUUGAAAUUUAUCCAACUACUUUCCUCCUCUCUCUCACGCACACACUCCCUGGGGCCAGCCUAAGACAUUUUGCUGCCUGAGGUGAAAAACAAAAUGGCACCCUCCUCCUGCUCCAGAUUCUAAAGCUGAUGGGACUGGCAGUUUGGGGCCGGCCCAUCCAUGAGGCAAGGUGAAGCAACUGCCUCAGGCAGCAGGAUCCGCAGGAGCAGCAGAUCUGGCCUCCCAGGAAAGCACUGUCUGCUGCCACCACCGCUGCCAUGGUGGUGAUGAAAGCUGCGGCACACUCUUUGAAGGCUGUAUCUGCCUUCUCCACAGCAAUCCCCCCGCCACCUCUGCAUCAGCCCCUCAGUGAAUAAGUGGCAAUGCUGGUCUCUUUCCACCCCUAGUGUAAUGGCGGGAGCAGCCCUCUGCAGACACAUGGGCUCUGCACCCAGCCAGUGGGUUUCAGAUUGGUGUCCGCCCCCAACAGCCUUUGAUUCCCACUUCAAUCGUUGGGUAAUGGUGAUUUGAUUCCUCCUGUUGUCCCUUCUUCCCAGGCAGUGGGAGGGGUGCCACUGUGUGGUUUGCCUCAGGUGCCAAAACAUCUUGGGCUGGCUAUGGCCAGUUGAACCUUCAGCCCCAUCAGCACCAUGCAUUUAAGGCACUAUUAUGAUAGGUUCUUUAGAAAAAAUAAAAAAUUGGUUGGCUUUUAUUUCCACUUAGCUAAUUGGUAGCAUCAGUUCACAGCUAUGCUUUUGAUUUCCGGUACAAUGUGCAGUUACUUGACGAUCAAAAGCCCAGAGGAAUUUAAUGCUACAGGAACUCCCUUCCUUCUUGCAGUCAAAAGCCAGCCAUUGAUUUUCUGCACAUUCAAUGUCUUGUUAAAGUUUGGCGGGUCAGUUGGUGGCAGCUAUAAGCAGCGCAGAAACCACAGCCAGAAGCUCAUUCAGAUUUUUGUGGUUGGUAUAUUAACAAUGGGUCUUUCUGGGGGGUUACUUUUUUUAGGGUGCUCGUGGUUUCAGGGGCCCUCAAGGAGGAAUGGGGCCAAAAGGGGGACAGGUAAGUAUCUCCUUUUUUCUGACCUCCAUCUUGGAGUCCAAUGGUGUUUGGGGGAGAAAGAUGAAAGUAAGAUUCCUUGAUUUUCUGCUUGGGGUAAAUCAGCUUCCAAAUUGACUGAAAACAUGUAAACAUCCAGAAACAGUAUUACAUUUUUCUUCUUCCCCCUUUGCUGUAGGGUCUUCCUGGGAUUGAUGGCAAAGAUGGCACCCCAGGUAUUCCUGGGGUGAAGGUAAGAUGAUGCCCUUAAACGAUGUAUUUGACUCUUUGUUCUGUAUGCAUUUUCUUUCGUGUUGUUUAUUGUUCUGUCGCGAUUGUAACUUGUUUGUCUACAUACAGCAACAGUAUUUUGUUUUGUGUUGUGUAGGCUCCUAUGUUGUUAGUAAUGGGCCCCACCUGCUAGCCUGCUCCCUAAAAUAUCACAUAUUUUGUUAAGUGCAAAUGGCUUUAGAUAACUAUUAGGUCCACGAAUUACCAUAUAGCAUUUAUUCAACACAAAAAAGCAGUGACAAUUUGUUGUUGACAAAGGACAGCUGGACAUAUAAAGGGCCCCAUUACAUUCAGUAGCUUAGGGCCUCAUCAAACCUAAAUCCAGCCUGGGUGAGGGUUUUUGAUGGGAGGGGCAGCAAAGCAGUUAUACCUAUCAAGUCUCUCUCUCUCUCUCUCUGUAUGUAUGUAUAUAUAUUUAUAUAUUCUUUCAGAAAGCUAAUGUAUGGACCAAAGUCCUCCCUUCACAACCACCGAGCACAUGUGACACCUACCCUCCAUAUUUUUUAUGGUGCCUCCACUACACAAGGCCUACUCCCAGUCUCAUUCCUGCUUGGAAACCAUGUCAUGUCUGAAUGGGCCUGUUCUCCUUCUUCCCUUUCCCAUUUGUAGCAGUUGCUAAGCAACACAGAGCCCAUGUUGUCCUUUUAGUUGUUAGGCCUCGCAGGUGCCCAGACAUCGCUUGUGUUUGCUUAGCAAUUCCCAGAAUUACAACCCCCGCAGGUAAUUUUUGUGUACUAGGCCACAGAGGGGCUGGGGAUGCUGUAACAGUAUUAUUAUUUUAUUUCCCCCGUAAUUGUGCCCUAAGUGGUUCAUGACACCAGAACAACAAUACAACAACAGCAACCAUUCAUAUUAGUUCAACCAAGAGUCUAAUCCUCAUUCGGUUCAUAUGUAAUGGGUUGUAUCCAACUAAGUUCUACUCAAGAGUAGGCCCACUGAACUUAAUGGGCCUAAGUUACUUGCAUCCAUUAAUUUCAAUAGGCCAUUUCUGGGUAGGACUGACAUUGGAAGCACCCUGCUUAAUAAUCUAAAUGAACAGUUCAUUUUGCUAACACUAACCUUAUAACAUUUUAAAAUAUCAUAAAUCACUGGAAUUAUCCAUAAUUAAAACACAAUAUUAUGUAUGAAUUAUAUAAUGAUAAAUGAUAAACAUUUAUGUAGUGCUUUCAGAUGUUCAAAGUGCAUUAUCUAGCUAUAGUCCUUACAACAACCCUGCAAGUAUUACUAUUAUAUUAUUACUACUAUCACUUGUAUUACUGUUACUAUUAUAUGCUAGUUAUAGAAUAUAUCACCACAUUCUAGACUGGGGGACUGAGGCGGAGAAUUGCUGGGCUUAGCAAGUUCAGGCAGGAGGAAAAUUCAAACUGGAAGCCUCUUAAUAUUUUUUCUCAGUCUUCAGAUUGCAAAGAGAUCUUGGUGUGACCUUUGCUUGAUGUUAGGUCCCUGUGAGAUCCCACGAGUCUCCUUUUUGUAUAAGCAAUAAGAUGGUGUUCCCUUCUGUGAGCCUGGAGUUGCGUUCCUACAGCUAUUGAAGUUUUAUUUUUUUAAAAGACAACAUUGUAAGUGCUGCAACCGUGUCCUGUCUUGCUGUUUCUCAAUAUUUGCUUCAUUCUUUCCUGCCUUCCAUUAAUGGCUAUUCUUCUGUCUUGUAGGGAAGUGCAGGGCAACCAGGUCUUCCGGGGCCUCCAGGCCACCGAGGCUUAGCUGUAAGUAUUAUUUCAAAUCAUUUUAUUAUAUCACCUGAAGGUAGUUUGGCAACCUUCCUAGUUUAGAAUCAGCCCAGUCAAUUUAUCCAUUGGUGAAAAACUGCCACUGCUGUAUUUCAUUUAAAACAAACAAACAAAAUCUUCUCGUCUGUGUAAUUGUAAAGCUCUUAUUGAAUAUGUGCUGGAGACAGUGAAGAUUGUGAUUCGAACUAGAAAAUUGGUAGUUUGGGAAAUCUUUAGCUGAAAUGGACAGGUUAACUGGAUAAUGUGGCUGUAGAUGGGAACUGGGAAGUCUCAGGAACUGCUGCAGAGAUAGGCUCCUAAUUGAGGUCAGGAGUGGGGAAACCUUGACUCUCCAGCUGUUGCUGAACUACAACUCCCAUCAGCCCCAACAAGCAUGGCCAAUGGCCAGGGAUGAUGGAACUUGUAGUUCAGCAACAAAUGGGUUCCCAGAGGUUCCCAACACCUUUGUUAGAUAUUUGAGCAAUAGCUGUAAAGGUCCUCAAUUAGGGGUUAAAACACAGAGCCUAGGACAUGCCGAUCAGAAGGUCAGCGGUUCAAAUCCCCGCGACGGGGUGAGCUCCCAUUGCUCGGUCCCUGCUCCUGCCAACCUAGCAGUUCAAAAGCACCUCAAAGUGCAAGUAGAUAAAUAGGUACUGCUCCGGUGGGAAGGUAAACGGCGUUUCCGUGCACUGCUCUGGUUCGCCAGAAGCGGCUUAGUCAUGCUGGCCACAUGACCCGGAAGCUGUAUGCCGGCUCCCUCGGCUAAUAAAGCGAGAUGAGCGCCGCAACCCCAGAGUCGGUCACGACUGGACCUAAUGGUCAGGGGUCCCUUUACCUUUACCUUUAUGUCCAAUAACAUAUGAUUUUAACAUUAAAAAAAAGCAAACCAUAAGCAUACCAUAGAUUCGUAGAAUUGUAGAAGUGGAAUGGACCCUGAGGAUCAACUAGUCCAGGCAUGGGCAAACUCGGCCCUCCAGAUGUUUUGGGACUACAACUCCCAUCAUCCCUAGCUAACAGGACCAGUGGUCAGGGAUGAUGGGAACUGUAGUCUCAAAACAUCUGGCGGGCCUAGUUUGCCUAUGCCUGAAGUAGUCCAACCCCCUGCAAUGCAGGAUUAUGCAACAGUCCUACACAGGGAUCGAACUUGCAACCUUGGCAUUAUCAGCACCACACUCUAACCACUCUAUCCAGGCUGCCACAUGUUGGCAGAACUCUGCUUAUAAAAAUGAUCCACGUGGCUUAUCUAGCUGAGUGCCACAUCCACUAACCAUCUGUGUUAAUGCAUUAUCUAAUUUGUCUCAGAAGGAAUUUCUCUUUGGAUCUGGACCGAGAAACCCACCCCUCGCCAAGCCAAACAAGACAAGAAAUUCUGGUAUAAUAAAUACUAAAUUAUCACACAAUAGAUAAUUUGGGGUUGUUGUUGUUUUUGUUCAUCGCAGGGCUUGCCAGGCACACCUGGAACCAAAGGUGGCCCAGGACAGAAGGUGAGUGCCUUGACUUAAUAAUAUCACCUGCUCCUCUUUCCUUUUAAACCAGCCUUCCCCUGGUUGGGGCUGAUGGGAGAUGUAGUCCAAAACCUCUGGAGGGCAACAGUUUCAGGAAGGCUGUUAUAAACCAUAUACAGAUGGCCACCAUAGGCACAUUGAUGGAUCAGGUAACCAUCAAAUGCUUUGAAUUAUGUCUUUUGAUGUUUUAAACAGGGUGAACCAGGGGGUCGUGGCCUGGCAGGCUCAUCGGGGGCACCUGGGAAACUUGUAAGUAAAAAGGGAUCUCCGCCCCCCAUUAUAUUUUGUCCCUUAACUUUAAAACAUAGACACUAAGAGCUCUGCAAUACAUCCCAGUCUCUGAGGUUUCCUUGCUUAUCCAGUAGGCGUUUGCUUCCUGCCCCCUUUCUCAUAAUUUCUUGUUAAUUCAUUUUAUUUAUUCCCCCCCCCCCUCUCUCUCACACACACUUCCUUCACUUCUGCUGUUUGUAGAACCUCUUUUUCUCUUCUGCAGGCUGUGGGGGUUUUUGGGCAGUGAGAGAAAUUGCAGUCUACUUGGACUCACAAACACUUUCUGUUACAUUAAUGAUGCUUCUGCUGUUAAUAAUGUAUAUGUAAAUGACAGCUCUAUGUUGGUUGGUUUCUGUUAGUUGCCUUGGUUAUAUCCCAUGGUAAUAUUCAACAUUUAUAAAUGAAGUUGGGCUCCUGUUACUCCCAACUGCAGGGGGAGAAGGUCCAAUAUGGCUUCACCUGCGCACAUCAGAUUCUUGCAUUUGAAUGGCAAAAAGGUGCCAAGGCAAAGCAGGCGUUGCUUUGGGUGCUUGCACUUUCCUGCCUUGGACAGCAGGGGGCAGCACGAGCCUAUCAAAUUCUUAAAAGCAAGCAAAGGCUGUGCUGCUUUUAAAGAAGUGUAAAUAUAAUAUUGAAUUGCCGUAAUUCUGUGCAGUAAUUUUUUUUUUAGCUUCCUUCCAUGGCCGAGUAAUCUUUCUCUACCCGCCCCCCCCCCCCAGCUCUGCAACAAAGCAGACUUCAGGCCUCACCAGACUUACGUCUGGUACUGGUGUGUUUUGCAGAUAUAUUCUUUGACCUGUCAUUGACACAAUAACAGUGAACUAGUGGUGGAUUUAUACUGGACCCUCCUCAUGGUAUUCCACUUUGUGAGUUGUUCUGCAAUGCUUAUCUGCUGUUACCAUAUUCAUGCUGUCUGGAGGAGAACUUUUGUGCUAUUGCACAAUAAAAGUGGUACAGAAAGAAUAACUGGAGCGUUAGCGGUAUAAAAAGUUGCAGGACAUGCACUGAAUGGAAAUGAAGCAGUAUGUCCACCCCAGAACCUUUGCAGUCACAAACAUUAUUGAAAGUGGGAUUGCAUAUUGCUGCCCUGAGCACAAAUUGUCACCAAUGCACAAAAAGGGGCUGUUCAUUCCUUAAAACCAGAUCUUCAUUUGGUGUGUUCUGCCAUCCCCAUUCAGGGUGAGCCAGGACCUCAAGGAGAAGCAGGGCCGCAAGGGAUCGCUGGUGUGAAAGUAAGUCUUUUAAAAUUAAUUCCUCUAAGGUACGGAUAAUGUAGAGGCAUUAUGGGAGUGGGGGCAGCAGACUUAGUUUGUACACCGAAUUGCUCAACUAAUAUCAGUGCAUCCUUAGGGCCUUUUGUGGUUGAGACAGAUGAUUCCUUGAAGUUGAGUAUUUGCUUCAGGAGGUGUGAUAUUUUUCCAUUCAGAAUCUGAGGUUUAUGCAGACCAGCCUUCCUCAGCCGGCAUGAUGUUGCUCAACUGCAACUCCCAUCAUGGCUGACUGUUGGCCAUGCUGGCUGGGGCUGGUGGGAGUUAGAGUCCAAUAGCCUCUAGAUUGGGGGAGGCUGGUGUAGGCCUUGUCUAGCAGGGCGAAGGAUGUCUUGCUCCCUGUGGACACAUUUAGCUCACAGUUAUGGCAGAAUUGAACAUCUUGACCUCUCCCCUUCUAUUUCACAGGGAGAUCGGGGUGAGAGAGGCCCAGUGGGUCCUCCAGGAGUGCAGGGGAAAGUGGUGUGUAUGAAUAAAUUCAGUCCUUGAAUUCAAAUGCAUUUCUUCUGAAAAAAGAACCAGAGCUCUUUUCCAAGAGCUCCGUUGGAUGGUGGUCUCCCCUCCGGGCACUUCUCUCUCUGUUUCACCUCAGAAGAGACCAUAAGAAUCAAACUUUCAUCCUACUGUUUUCUCCAAGGAGCUCAAGGUGACAUACAUGGUCCUCCCUCUCCUCAUCUAAUCCUCACAUCAACCCUGUCAGGUACCGUAGGCUGUGAGGCGGUGAUUGGCCCAAGGUCAACCAGGGAGCAUCAUACCUGAGUGGGGAUCUGAACUCAAGUCUCCCAGGUCCUAGACCAACUUUUAUAUACAGUUGUGCCUCAGUUUUUGAACGUCUCCGUUGACUAACAUUUCGUUUUAUGAACACCAUAAACCCAGAACUAAAUGCUUUGGUUUUUGAACACGCCUCAGAAGUCGGACAUGCCACGCAGCUUCCGCUGAGUGUGAAAUCUGGAGGCCUAGCUGUCGGCUGUUGAGUCCUAAGCACCCACGCAACAUGGAGAUGUUAUUGGGGCUUUUUUGGUGACUGGGUGCAAUAUAUUUGUGCUCAUCACAUCUCAGGAGCACUCCAACCAAUUUGUUUUUGUGACUGUGUGGAUCUAUGGCAGGCAUGUCCAACUCCCAAGAGACUGUGAUCUACUCUCAGUAUAAAAAAAAACUGGCAGUGAUCUACCCAUUGUCAUUGGAGGGAGGAGGAGCGAGUGUGGGGUGAGUGGAUUGCCCAGAGCUGUUGAGCUUUUGGGGGGGGGGAAGAUUGCACAGAGUUUUUCAGCUUUCCCCCAUAACUUUUUGUACACGAUAAGGAUCCCAGGAUCAGCCAGGGAUCUACCAGUAGAUCGCGAUCUACUGGUUGGACAUCCCUGACCUAUGGUAUCGUUAGAUGGUAAAAUUCAUGUUAAAUUGCUGUUUUAGGGGUUGAUUUUAAAAGUCUGGAAGGGAUUAAUCCAUUUUGCAUUACUUUCUAUGGGAAACUGUACCUCGGUUUUCAAAUGUUUCAGAACUCGAACGGUCUUCCGGAACGGAUUGUGUUCAAAAAUCGAGAUACCACUGUACUUUGACCCUGCUGUAGUGUCUGUUGUAUCAGUGACUAUUUUAUUGUUUUUUAAAAUAUAUUGUAAGCUGCCUUAAGAACUUUGGUUAGUAGGCAGGGUAUAAAUAACUCCCAAAUAAAUAAAUGCUUGGACAAUCUCUGUUUGUGGCAGGCAGCCCAUGGUCCAUGAUUGUGGAAGGACUGGAACACCUGCUUUGCAUUCAGAAUGUCCACUUUCAGUCCCCGGCAUCAUUUCCAAGCAGGGCUGGGAGAUACCCCUGCCAGACUAGGAUAUCAGCCUCUUCACUGUGACUUACUUUCCUCCUAAUGUGUUUUCUCCUUUUCUUUAUUUCCAGGGUCCCAAAGGAGAGCAGGGCCCCCCAGGAAUUCCAGGCCCACAAGGUCUCCCAGGAGUUAAAGGUGGCAAGGUACCAUUGUCUUGAACUCUUUGAGCAGAGUGGUGUUGAGGAUGGAGUCACACUUGGCUUUUCUGCAACUCUGGAAAUGUGACAGCAGGUUUUGAAACUUCCAAAGCCGCUUUUGGAGCAGAUCCUGCAAACGGAGCAGAUUUGCAUAAACACACAUACUUUGAAUAGAUGUGGACAUGGGGGAUGGGUGGGAGGAGGCAAAGAGGAAUAUCUCCCAGAAUGCACCAGGCUUCUUAUGCCAGGCUUGGGUUCCACUGAGAUGAACCAAAGCUCUAGUUCCCACACGGUGAUCCAUACAAUGUGACGGCCUGCAUCCAUAAGUACAGAUCUACACCAGGGAUUCUAACUCCACUUCAGUUCCAGGUCCAACUUAGUGUUUAAAAUCCUAAACAACUUAGGCCCCAAAUAUCUAACAGACCCCUCCUUCUCUAAAGAGAGCCAGUAUGGUGUAGUGGUUAAGAGCGGUAGAAUUGUAAUCUGGGGAACUGGGUUCACGUCUCUGCUCCUCCACAUGCAGCUGCUAGGUGACCUUGGGCUAGUCACACUUCUUUGAAGUCUCUCAGCCCCACUCACCUCACAGAGUGUUUGUUGUGGGGAAGGAAGGAAAAGGAGAAUGUUAGCCGCUUUGAGACUCCUUAGGGUAGUGAUAAAGCGGAAUAUCAAAUCCAAAUUCUUCUUCUUCUUGUACAGACCCCUCCAAAUGUACAGAUCAGCAGGGAGAAGGGACCUCUUGGUAGUUCCACCUCCCUCAGAGGUCCAUGGUGUGUGUGACCUGGGAAAGGGGAUUCUCUGUGACAGCCCCUAAGUUGCAAAAUGCCCUCUUCAUGGAGGUGUAUCUGGUGUCUUCACCAUCAUCAGCAUAUUUUCAGGCAUAUCUUCUUAGCCAUAAGGGCUAGAGCAUCUUGCUUGAUUCACUGGUGUUUACUCUGCAAGCCCCUUUUCUGUUGAAACUGGGCCUGCACACACUGUGGUCUGGUUUGUGGAAGGUUUUUGAGAGGCUGAUGAGUCAUUUGUCUUUUCUAUCUCCAGUGAAAAGCUGGAGUGGGUGGUCUAUUACUGGAAAUUUAUAUAGAAUUCAGCAUCUCUUGAAUCUCAGCAUUUCCCUCUUGUCUGCUCUAGGGCUUUCCAGGAAAAAUUGGGCCCAAAGGUGACAUUGUAAGUCUUUAUGAUUGAUUUUUGUCUGUUUUUUUACUGCUCUGUUUAUAGGGUUACAUUGGUGUGAGCAGCUGGAAAUUUACUGCCUUCUACUUUUGCCAUAUUUUAUUAAUUAUAUUUUUCAUCUUGCACCUUGAGUAUAAAAUGCUCCCAGAGGCUAGCUAACAAACCAUAUUAAAAAGCCUUAUGCAAUUAAUCCAUAAAAGUCAAUAACAUGACAAACAGUAGGAGAUAAAACCUAGUCAGUCAAUAAGUAAAUAAGGCGGGCAAAAAACCUACCAGCUUAGGUUGUCUGGAAGAUCCCAACAAAUCUAGAAAAGCUAAAAUAUCUAGAAGGCCUGGAAGAUAAAGGUUGUGGGGGGGGGGGACAUAUCCCCAUGGCCUAAAAGGAAGCAGUGUAAGUACCAGGUGAGUCUCCCUGAGGAGGGUCUUCAAAAGGCAAGACAUACAGUUGAAAAGACCCUCUCUCUGGUCAGAGGAAUCUAGAGAAGAGCCUCAGAUGACGACCUCAGUAGCUAAGGGCAUUGGUGUUAGGAAGGCAGCCCAACAAGUAUCUCGCUUUUCAACUAGGGAGGGGUUUAAAGAUAACAGACACCACUUUGAACUGAGCUUGGAAAUAGACCAAGGCAUGAACCAGCCACCUGGCCCUGUGUGACCAGUGCUGGUCUGAGAUGCUUUGCCACUGUAGGCAAAAUGCCCUGCCGCUGCUGCCACAGAUCCAGGCCCCUGCACUUCCCCCUCCCUGCCUCCACCAUCGUGCCUGUGAUGCCACUGCCCCGCCACCACAACUGCACCCUCGUCUGUGGCUGCAAGAGCACAGUGAGGGCACAGUGGCAGCAGGGAGGGCAACAGCGCUGUGGCAGCUGCAUGGGCAAAGCCCUGGCAGGGCUGGUAGCAGCACAAUGGCAGGAUGGGGGUGGGGAGGAGGUUGGAUCUGCCGCCUGAGGCAAAUGGCUUCACCUCACCUCUUUGAAGGGCCACGUCUGCCGUAUAUUCUGAACUGCAGUUUCUGGAUUGUCUUCAAAGGGUGCCCCAUAUACAAUGCAUUGCAUUUUUCCAAAUGCCAGAUUGCCAGAGCAUAGAUUACCACGGCCAAGAUAUCUCUUGUGCACUAGUGGCUUCAGUUGGUGCUCAGCCUAAGCUGGUAAAAGACUGGACUUUGUAGCAAUUCAGAGACAAAGGGGCAUUCAAGACAUGAGGGAGUGGAGCACUGAGAGGGAACAGGAAGUGUUAGUUUUGGGAUGAUCUGGCCAGAAAAUAAAGCUAUUGUUCCUUCCUUAUAGGGAGAUCCUGGCGUUGAAGGCCUUCCAGGGGAGAAGGGGGAAAAGGUAAGAUGGUUUCCAAAACUGUGCUUCUUGACUUGCAAAAGCCAACAUUGUCUGGUGGGUAGAAUGUUGUAGAGCACUUUUUGGAGCUGGCUCAGUUAUGGUCUUAUGGCAGGGAUGAGGAACCUGUGAUACUCCCAGAUGUCGUUGGGUUCCAGCUCCAAUCAGCCCCAGCCAGCAUGACCAAUGGUCAGGGGUGAUGGGAGCUGGGAGCUGGAAACAUCUGGAGGGCCACCAGUUAGACACCUUAUAGCAUCCUUGUGUCCUUUCUGAAAUGUUCCCUACUGACUCCUUUUUGUCAGUGCUAUUUACUGCAAACAUCAUCUUCAGCAGCAAACAGUAGCCAGCUAGGGAGUGCUUCUGGCAGAAAACGGGCUUGAAGCCCAAAGCUAUUGCCCUACUCUAAAUAAAAGCAGCCCUACUAAGCACACCUGUUGAAGCACAUGACCAAGGUCUUGCCCUGUUGAGCAGCCUGGCUGCUGAAUUAGGCACCAGCUGGCAUUCUGUACUCUCUUCAAAAGCAGCCCCAUGUAUAAUGCAUUGCAAUAAUCUAACCUAGAGGUUACCAGAGCAUAGACAACAGAAGUUAGGUUAUCUCUCUCCAGAUAGGGGAGCAGCUGAGCUGGGCCACCAGCCGAAGCUGAUGGAAGGUACUCAGUGCCACUGAGACCACCUGAGAAGUACCCUCAAGCUGCACACCUACUCCUUCAGAGAAAGUGUAACCCCCUCAAGUGCAGGCAACCUCCCAUCCACCGGGUUUAGGGAACUGCUCACUAGCAGUGUCUCAGUCUUAUCUGGAUUGAGCUUCAGUUUGUUGGCUCUCAUUCAGUCCAUUGCCAAGGAAAGACCAUCGGUCCAGCGCAUCCACUGCCACACCUGCAGAUGUAAAGGAGAAGUAGAGCUGUGUGUCAUCAGCAUAUUGCUGACAAUGUAUUCCAAAACUCUGGAUGACCCCACUCAGCUGUUUCAUGUAGAUGUUAAACAACGUGGGGGAUAAAAGCAAACGCUGCAAAACUCCACACUGAAAGCUCCAUGGGACUGAUCAACACUCCCCAAACACCACCCUCUGACAGCGACCGUCGAAGUAGGAUUCUUUUUUUAAAUAAACAAAUAAAUGCUUUAUUGGUUGGGUUGAAAAUUGCAUAACAUAACAAAAACUAUCGGUUAAUGUUGAAAACAAAAUAAAAAUAAGAGUAUACAAUCUUUCAUUCCUUAAUUGAUACUUGCUUUGUACAUCGUUUUGUAAUUCAAUUUAACUUGACCUCCGAUCCUCCCAUUGCGUUCCCUGAAUAAGUUCUUUAAAUAGGCAUGUGGUGGAACUGUAAAAAGAUUAGACAGUUUUGGGAAAUGAUUUACAACGAGCUUAAGAAAAUGUUCAAAUGCUCUUUCCCUAAAAAACUUGAAGUCUUUCUGCUAGAAAUUAUGGGUCAUGAAAUUCCAAAAAAGUUCAGGAGAAUCUUUAUGUAUGCCACUGUAGCAGCCAGAAUCUUAAUUGCAAAAGAUUGGAAAGGAAAGGAUAUGCCAACUAAAUCAGAUUGGCAAAACAAAUUAAGGGAAUAUGCUGAACCUGUGAGAUUAUCAGCAAGGUUAAGAGGCAUUGCAGAUGAAAAAUCUAUCAGAGAAUGGGACAUAUGCAGAGUUUAUGUAAAAGAACACUGUCAAAUUACCAAUCCAUUGGCAGGUUUUGAUUGAACUUCUGUGUGUAAAAUAGGAAAACUUGAUAAAACUCAAAGUAAGUCAGACAACAUGGAGAAAUCUUAGGCAAGUCCGUCCAAGUAGGAUUUGAAGCACUGCAGAGCAGUGCUGCCCACUGCCAGUUUAGGCAGACUGUUGAUUAUGGUGUGAAUUAAAUAUACAUAGGGAGUUUUUCCUCAACUGAUGUUUAGAGAUUGCCCAAGCAAGCUGUUAAGAAAAAACAGUGGAUGAUCUUUAUUUUUGGUCUCUGCUUUUCAUCCAUAGGGUGAAUCGGGUGAGCCAGGACCAAAGGGACAGGUGAUUAUUUGCAAACAAAUAUGCAUUUCCUUUAGCAUUGUGAAUUAGGUCGGUUUACACCUUUAAAUACAAAAAAUAAGAACGUUUUAUUCUUCUGAUGAUCGGGGAGGGUGGAUUGCAUUACUUAUGGGGCAAAGUGUGUGACUAACUGAAGUUUUUUUAGGUAAGAAAAAACAAUGAAGGGGAAACAUGCUAGUGACUUAAAAAGUUAUGGGGAUAGAAUUUGGUAUGAAGAAAAUGCAAGGAAUAGAACCAAUAAUUUCUCACGCUUAGAAAGCAAGCGCUAUGGAAACUGAUGGCCAGCAAGUUUAAGGCAAUCAUAAGGAAUUCCUCUUUCAAGCAGUGCAUAAUUAACCCUGGAAUUUACUGCCAGAGGAUGCCCUAAUGGCCAUUUUCAUAACUGUUUUUCUUUUGAAGAAAUGGUUUAGAUGAGUUUAUGGAAGCUAUUGGGCAAUUAGACAUUUUAAUCAAAAAUAGAAUCCUCUAUGGCUACUUGGGGAUUCACAAUGGGGUGGUGGUGGAUAUUACCCUCAUGCCUAGCUUGUUAACUGUAAGAGGCAUCUGGCAAGACACUGAAACAUGGAACGGUAAGCUGGUCUUACCCACCAUUAGGGAUUCCAGAGAAUACUGUACAAAACAGAUACUGGGGCGGAAAUUGUUGCAGUGCUUAUGUUUCUCCAAGGACAGAACAGAAACCAUGCAAGCAGAUACAAGCAGUAUUCACUAUUAUUUGCAUGCUAAAUAAUAAAAAUGUUAUGUAAAUAAUUAUUUUACUUUCCACAUGUUUUUAAUAUUUUCCUUCCGCUGAAAUUCAUUGGAAUUGAUUGCAUAAUUACUGAAUGUUAGUUUCCGCCAUUGUUAAUAGUGAGAUGCAUAACCUAGGUUUUAGUAGAAACCAAACUGUAGUGGAACGGAAACAGUGCUGACUGCAAUGAACACAGGAUGGGACAUAAAUUUCUGCCUCCUUAUGCCCCUGUCCACCAGGCAUUCUUAUCACGGUGCGUUAGCUCUCCAGUUUUAAAAGGGGCUUUUUUUGAGUCUUGGGCCUCUUCUUAACUAGCAUCUGAUCUUUCACAGCAAGGUGUCCGUGGGGAGCCUGGUUUUCCUGGACCUACUGGGGAUGCAGGCGCACCAGGUAUCAGAGGCUUCCUAGGACCUCCGGGGCCCCGAGGGCUACCUGGGGAGCGCGGUGUACCUGGAAUGCCUGGGACUCAAGGUGCUCCGGUGAGUUAAACCUGAUAAUGCUUCAUGCUACUACAGAAAACAGCCACACAGCACAAUGGUCCGACUCAUAGUAUAAGACCGAUUCCUGUGUAUUCUGGCAGUGGCUCUUCAGGCUCUGUCCAAGAGAUCCUGUUCUCACAAUCUGUUAGCAGGUUUUUAAAAUAAGAGGUACUAGGAACUGGAACUGGGUUCUCCUGGAUGCAAAGCAAAGGGGCAACUCACAGAAGAAGCAGUUCACUGUGUGUCUUCAUGCCCCUCUGUGCUGGUCUUGCCUUCUUCCCGUUACCCUCCUCUAGAGGUGAACAAUUCUUGUCUGUGUCUCCCUGCGUCAGGUGCAAUUGGAUCACUGAGGAGACUGGCCUAUUACACCUCUGCAUGAAUGAUUAUUCCUCCUUCAUGUCAGGAUGCAUGCCCUGCUGUUGAUACUUUGGAUGCUCUGAAUUAGGGCACAGCACCCUCUCAUGGCCAUCACUAAGUAGUGCAAAAAUAAUCUUUACCAAAUCAGAAAUUUAAUCAUUUGCACGUGAAGUAGAAACCCUGGUUGGCUGUUGCUGUUCUGCAAGCGUGCAGAUUCACUUGUCAGCCCAGCAGAGCUGAACUGCAGGUUGUGUAGACACUGCCUCUCCAAGGAGAUGCUAUCACGCACUGAUAUUUGCCCAUUGCUUCCUCUUCCACUGAUUUGCACGCAGAAUCUCAGCAGUACCACAAGCAGAGAGUAAAACUGGAAAAGGCACUCUGGAACUGGGCAUUGCUUGAUAAAACAGAGGGGCGAGUAGACCUUCCAGGUUUAGUGAUUGGGGUGUCAGCAUUCUGCACGGCUUUUUGUCCCCCACUCCCAGUCCUUCAUUGCAAGUAGAUGCACAGCUGCACAGAUCUAUUUAGGUUGCAGGUCUGAUAGCACAUGAGUCAGAUAUUUUCCUCCAUGUAGAGUCCUGGUUGUGAUAACCAACAAAUCACCUUGCAGGCCUGUAAGGUUUCAGGAGUCCAGAGCUAACUAUGAUGGUAAAAAAUUGGUGCAGGCUUCAACGGGGGGAAAUUGUUAGGCUAUGGAAUUCAUGACCGCAAGAGGAAUGAUGACCACCAGCUUUAAAAGUGAAUAGAACAAAUGCAUGAAGGACUAGGAGCCUUGUAGCUGGUGUUGCUCAGGAAUUCUACGAAACCCCCAAAAUUGGUGCAGUUUCUAAACGUUCAGUCUACCGUCUUGAUUCAUAAUGGUGUCCAAUUUUAUCCAAACACAGAUGAAAGCCUGCUCCUUGAUUUUGGGAAUCAUUGUGCAAAAUUUAGUUAUGAUAUUUUAAGAGGUGUCAAAUGCAUAGCAAAGAGAUAAACAACUUUUGAAAAUAUAUGGUAGACUAGAGGGUUCCACUCUGCUUGCUCUACUUCCCAACCAUGUUAGUGCUUCCCACCCUUCUCUUCUUGGGAUGACCCAUUCUGAGGUGGAUUCCUGGUAGGGCUUUCUUCCAAGUCUUCGCUCAGUCUGUGUGCCUCUUGUACCCCCUAAUGACUCAGAGUGUUGUCAUUGGUCAUGAUAGCUGUGUAUAAUCUCUGGUAUCAGAGCCUAUGCCUUUGAAUACUUGUUGCUGGGAAACAACAGCAGGAGAGGAAUACUGUGCUAGUGUCCUGUUUAUGGGUGCCUCAUAGCUAUUUGGUUAGCUGGUAUGAGAACAGGAUACUGGUUUAGGCGGGCCUUUGAUCUGAUCUACCAGGGCCUUUUCUUAGGUCUACUGUGAUUGUAAUUGUGGUGCGUGACAAGAUCUCCUCUCUUUCCACUUUCCAGGGCAGGGACACAGGAGAUCAGCACAUUAUUGAUGUGGCCUUAAAAAUGUUACAAGGUGAGUACAUAAAAAGAGACUGCUGGAUCUGAACAAGUUGGGUCUGCCUUGGCCAGUGUCUAGAUUACAACAAUGUCCAGCCAGAUGCGUCCUAUGAACCCACAAAUGGAGCAUGAAUGAAACAGCCUCACCCUUCCAUUGUUUGCCCCCAAGUAACUGGCAUUCUGGGGCACAUUGCCUCUGAAAUUGGUAGUCCCAUACCUUCUAAAAAACAACAACCAGGGUUGAAAUCCAUCACAGAAUUCACACAGCAUUUUCACAGAUGUAGAUAUACAAAGACUAUCAACCUAGUGAAUUGGCAGGGUUUAGAAAAUGAUCUUCCACAGCAGAUCAUCAAUUAACUAUGAAAAUAUUGAUAGGAAAAUGCAAUGAAUAUAGCAUCCCUAUUGUAAUGGGUUUAGGGGUUGCUCGUGCGUAAGUUGCCGCCACUCCUGGCUAGGUUACCUGGUUAAACCCUUUCUGACUGAACAGCCUCCAGCAUCGUGACUGUCUCAGUCGCUGGCAGAAUCCGUCAGUGGGCGUUUCUUAAACUUCUUCCAGCACAAAAGUUCCUUGACGCCAAGUCUCCUCCUACUCUCCCUGCGCGGAAGUCUUCUGCGCAGGGAGGGUGUGGGCAGCGGAGUACCUGUACUCUCUCCGCUGGUCUCUGGUGAGGAGUCUUGGAGCCUUCUCUCCGAUUCCCCCAUCUGCCCCCCUUCUCUACUGGUGUUACGCUGAUUUCCUUCCCCAGCGGACGGGCUGCCUCUCUCCCUACUGAGACCCUCUCCGCCAUCCCGCUGGAGCCUUCCCUCCGCCUCUAGCUCCGAUGGCAGUUCCCUGACAUCCAUCUCCCCCCCCAGGACCCCCCCACCCUCGGCCCGACCUUCUGAUCCAACCUUGUCCCUUUCCUUGGCCGAUGAUGUGGGGAAUCCCCUGAAGGAGCUGUCGCCAUCCUCUGAGGAUUCAAAACCCACUUCCCACCCGCUCCGAACUCUUGCCGCGGGGUGGGCCUCCCAGUCUGAUUCUUCUCCCUCUGACACCUCCCCUCCCUCCUCUUCGGAGGCAGGAAAACCCACAAAUUCCUCUUCGUCGUCUAUGGUUCCAAAUUCUUCCUCCCAGAAUCUCGCUAGUGGUUUUGGUUUGUCUGGGAACAGGCUGUGGAAUCCUUCCACUAGAUACUCCUCAUUGACCGCCUCAGCGGGGACCCACGUGUUUUCUGACCCGGGUUCUCCUUCCCAAGCCACUAAGUACUCCACCUGGCGCCCUCGCCACCUUGAAUCAAGUAUUUCCGUGGCUUGGUUGUGGAGUUCCCUCUCCUCUACCCACGGGUGGGUGGUGACUCCUCCCUCCCGCCCCGGGAAUUCCCGCCCCUCCCUGUACGGUGAGAGUAGGGACCUAUGGAACACUGGAUGUAUCUUCAUGCUGUCAGGCAACUUGAGCUUGAAUGCCACAGGGUUCACCUGCUGUGUUACCUCAAAGGGUCCCAGCCGCCUUGGCUGCAACUUCUUGCACCCUCCCUUUAGGGGUAACCCUUGGGUUGACAACCACACUCGGUCUCCCACCCGUAUGGCAUCCCCCUCCCGACGGUGCUUGUCUGCCUGCCUCUUAUAAACUUCCUUGGCCCGCUCCAAGUUCAUCUUGAGUUGCUGGUGCAAUGCCUCCAUUUCUUCCACAAACUGCUCUGCCGCAGGUACACUCCACCCUUCCUCCCCCCUCCCCGGGAAGGCCCUGGGGUGAAACCCAUAAUUGGCCAUGAAUGGGCUCAUGCCCGUGGACACAUGUUCAGCGUUAUUGUACGCAAAUUCAGCCAGCGCUAGUUUCUCUACCCAAUCGUUCUGUCUCUCGCUGACGUAGCAGCGUAGGUAUUGCUGGAGUAUACUGUUCGCUCUUUCUGCUUGCCCGUUGGUUUCCGGGUGUCGCGCCGUCGAGAAUCCCACCUCUACCUGCAGCAAGCUCAUGAGCUUCCUCCAGAACCGGGAAGUAAAUUGUUUCCCGCGAUCUGAGAUGACCCUCGACGGCGCCCCAUGCAACCUGAAGAUGUGAUCCACAAACAACUUGGCUGUCUCCUCUGCCGUCACCGCAUGUGAGCAAGCUAUGAAAUGGCACAUCUUCAUCAGUAGAUCGACUACUACCAUGACUGCUGUCUUCCCCCUAGACUUAGGCAAAUCUGUCAUAAAAUCAAUGGACACCACCUCCCAGGGUCUUCCCGGCGUGGGUAAGGGUUCCAGUAACCCUGCGGGGGCAGCCCUCUCUCCCUUUGCCCUUUGGCAGCGGUCGCACCCCCAUACAUAUUCCCGUACAUCCUCCCUCAUCCUUGGCCACCAGAACUGCCUGGUGACGAGCAGCAUGGUUUUGUGCUGUCCAAAGUGCCCAGCUGUGGGGUUGUCGUGGAGUUGUUUGAGUACCUUCCCGCUCAGGGUCUUCCCCGGUACAUACAGCACCCCCUUAUAGUACAGCACCCCUUCCUUUUCCUCAAACCCUCCAUGGUUUUCUCUUCUGUCUCGGAGUUCCCUGAUUUUAGUUUGAGCAAACACGUCGUUUCUAGUAAGCCCGGCCAGUUCUCGUUUCCCAACCAAGGCUCCCCCACACACCCAUCGGUCCUCGGGGAUCACGUGUCGGAUCUCCGGCGGUCCCUCUCCUUCCAUGUACUCCGGCUUCCAGGAGAGAGCAUCUGCUCUUACGUUUUCCUCUCCCGGCACGUAUCGGAUCUCGAAGGAAAACUUGGAGAACUCCUGUGCCCAUCGAAUCUGUCUCUGGUUGAGUACUCGCACGGUCCUCCAGUAUUCCAAGUUCUUGUGAUCAGUACAAACCUGGAUCUUGUGCUGCGCCCCUAUUAACAGAUGUCUCCAUCGGCGAAACGCCACAUAGAUCGCCAGCAGUUCGCGGUCAUACACCGUAUAGUUUUGCUCCGACUUGCUCAGCUUCCUCGAGAAAAAGGCACACGGCUUCCAUUCCUGCUUGCCCCUCCCUGGCUGCAAAAGUACCGCCCCAAUGGCUCUGUCGGACGCGUCGGUCUCUAGUCUCAUGGGUUUCUCCAGAUCAACGUGCAGGAGCUGCUCUUCCGAAGCGAACGCCUUCUUCAGCCUUUCAAAGGAUUGCUGGGCACUUUCUGUCCAGGUGAACUUCCUUUUGCUACUGAGACAAUCUGUGAUGGGCGCCGUCAAGUGGGCGAAGUUCUUGAUGAACUUCCUGUAGAAGUUGCUGAACCCUAGGAACCUCUGCACAUCCUUCCGGGUUUUGGGGGCUUUCCAUUCCAGCACUGCCUGCACCUUGCUUGGGUCCAUAGCUAGUCCCUUGUCUGACAACUUGUACCCCAGAAACUCGACCUCUCUAGUGUGAAAUUGGCAUUUUUCCAGCUUGACCCACAACUGGUGCUUCUGCAGCCUCUUUAGCACUUCCCUGACGUCUCUGACAUGUUGCUUCUCAUUGUCUGAAUAGAUUAAGACGUCGUCCAAGAAGGCUACGCAGUUCUUGUACAGCAGGGGCCCCAACACGUGGUGCAUGAAUGCUUGAAAGCAGGCGGAGCCCGAUUGUAAUCCAAAUGGCAUGACUAAGUACCCAAAAGCCCCCAGGGGGGUGAACAUGGUGGUUUUCCAUUCGUCCCCCUCCCUUACCCUGAUCAAAUUGUACGCUCCCCUGAGGUCCAGCUUGGUAAAAAAUUUCCCCUGCCUCACCCGUGUUAAAAUGUCGUCAAUCCUGGGCAUUGGGAAGGUCACGGGUUCUGAUACCAGGUUUAGGGCCCUGUAAUCCACGACCAAUCUGGGCUGAUUAGUCCCUUUUUUGUCCACAAAGAACACCGGACUGCCCCCCACCACCUUUGAUUCCCUUAUGAACCCCCUCUUCAGGUUCUUGUCAAUAAACUGCCGUAACUCCUGCAUCUCCCGGUCCGACAUGGCAUACAGCUUACCCACCGGCAGCUGAGCUCCUGGAAUUAAGUUGAUUUGGCAGUCAAAGGGCCUAUGGCGGGGUAGUCUAUCCGCCUCCUUCUCGCUGAAGACUUCCUUUAGGUCAGCGUAUGGUGGUGGCACCUCUCCCUUUGUUUCCACUGCCAGCCCAGCCACCCUGGCCACUGUCAUUCUUGGGGUUCCCCCCCCAGACAGUGUUCCAAACAGUAAGCUGACCCAAAGGUGACUGACCGCUGAUGCCAUGACAUUACUGGAUCAUGCAGUGCCAGCCAGCUCAUCCCCAGUAUUAUUGGGGGUCUUGCCAGUGUGGCCACAUGAAAGGCAAUGGUCUCCGUGUGCCUGGACACCCUCAUUCGCAUUGGCAGGGUCUGGUGUGUCACUUCCCCUCCCAGAAGUUCCCUGCCAUCGAUGGUGGUCACUUGCAAGGGAAAAUCCAGGGGUAGCAAGUGUAUUUGGUGCUCCAAGGUGAAGUCCCUGCUGAAGAAAUUGCAGGAGCUGCCCGAAUCCAGCAGCCCCUCAACCUUGACUGGGUGCCCAUUCGGGAGUUCUAGCACUACUGCUAUGGCUAUCGCUUCCCUGGGGGGGUCAGGCUGGGGCACUUCUAUUGGUUGCUGGCCUGGCUGCUGGCCCCUCUGGUUGGCAGCCAGGCGUUGUUGUUUCCCUGCGCCUGCCCUUCCUCCCCCUUCUCCUCACAGCCGGCAGCCCCCACCAUCCCUUGCCAGGCCUUUCUUUGAGGGCAGACCCUUGCAAAAUGUCCUGGCCAUUGGCAGAGGAAAUACUUCUUGGUGGUUUUCCAAUCCUUCCCCUCCCUCUUGCGACCUUCACUGGAGUUUGAAACCUCGCGUGCGCGCACGCCAUCUAUUUCCAUUGGCUCAGCCGCCUGGGAAAGAUGUCUUGGUAUUUCAGGAAUGCAGUAGUCAUGGCAACGUUCCCCUCUCACUUUGCGUUUCUCCUGACCCCGCGCUUCCUGCCGCACUCCAAUCGCAAGCACAGCCUUGGUCAGCUGAUCCAUCGACUGUGGGCGGCGUGCGCGGGACAGCUUGUCCUUCACCGUUGGGGACAACCCCUCCUCAAACAACAUUUGAAUAGGUUCAGAGUCCAGAUCCCACCCGAGCCGGUGGAUCAACAUUGCAAAGCGCGACCAGUAGUCUCUAACUGACUGGCUCCCCUGCUUGCACCCCAUCAGUUCUCGUCGAGUCACACUUUGCUGGACUUCACUGGAAUACAUCGCAUCUAUUGCCUGAAAGAAUUUCUUAAGGUCCUUCAAGGCAUGAUUUUUCAAGGAUUGAUUUUCCACCCCCACCCUGCUUAGGUGGAGAGCCAAUUUGGGCUUGCCCGCAGAGGCUGAUGGACCCUGAUAGAUUCCGUCAGGCCUUGCGGGACCUUGCUCCCCCUGGCGACUCAUUGACUGAGCUUGUUGAGGACUGGAAUAUCCAGCUCCUAGCAGCCAUCGAUGAGAUCGCACCUAGGCGCCCUCUACGACCCCACAGAAACCGGGCUCCCAGGUUUACCGAGGAGCUUCGGAAAAUGAAGCGGGAUCUCAGACAGCUAGAGCGAGUAUGGCGGGGUGCCCGUGACGGAGCCUCAAAAACAUCUUACAGGGUUUUAAUGAAAACCUACGAGAUGGCAGUGAAGGCCGCUAAGAAGUCCUACUUCUCGGCCUCCAUUGCCUCCACUAGCGCUCGCCCGGCGCAAUUAUUUAGUAUAAUUAGGUCUUUAACGUCCCUUGAAGGACAGCCAAAUUUAAAUAACAAUUUGAUUGAGGUGGGUCGGGGCUGCUGAUUCUUCUAGACCUGUCAGCAGCCUUCGACAUGGUUGAUCACGAACUCCUGGACCACCGCCUUGCCGACGUGGGGAUCCAGGGCACAGUCCUUCAAUGGCUGCGCUCGUUUCUCUCUGGUCGGGGACAGAGGGUGGCGCUUGGGGGGGAAUUGUCAUCGCGCCACUCCUUGGUGUGUGGAGUGCCUCAGGGUGCAAUUCUCUCCCCGAUGCUUUUUAACAUCUUUAUGCGCCCCCUUGCCCAGCUUGUCCGGAGUUUUGGGCUGGGUUGCCAUCAGUAUGCCGAUGACACCCAACUCUAUCUGUUGAUGGAUGGCCAUCCUGACUCGGCCCCAGACACACUGACCAGAUGUCUGGAAGCUGUGGCUGGAUGGUUACGUGGGAGCCGGUUGAAGUUAAAUCCUUCGAAGACAGAGGUCCUCUGGCUGGGAUGGGGUGAUAUGGGAAUGAGGGGGCAACUCCCAUCUCUUGCGGGGGUGCAAUUAGUGCCAGCAUCGUCCGUUAAGAGUUUGGGUGUAAUCUUUGAUACCUCCCUCUCUAUGGAGGCGCAGAUUACAGCUAUAACAAAGGCGGCAUUUUCAUCUCCGCCAAGCUAAGCAGUUGGCUCCUUAUCUCUCUCGCCCUGACCUAGCCACUGUGAUCCACGCGACGGUCACCUCCAGACUGGAUUAUUGUAACUCGCUCUACGUGGGGCUGCCCUUGAGACUGACCCAGAAACUCCAGCGGGUGCAGAAUGCCGCGGCGAGGCUCCUUAUGGGGUCUUCGCUGCGAGAUCACAUUCAUCCGGUACUAUACCAGCUGCACUGGCUCCCGGUGGAGUACAGGAUUAGGUUUAAGGUGCUGGUUUUAACCUUUAAAGCCCUAUACGGCCUAUGACCCUCGUACCUACGGGACAGCCUCUCCUGGUAUGUCCCACAGAAGAACUUACGGUCUGCAAAUAAAAACAUCCUGAAGAUCCCAGGCCACAGAGAAGUUAGGCUGGCCUCAACUAGAGCCAGGGCUUUCUCGGCCGCGGCUCCAAUCUGGUGGAAUGCUCUGUCACAAGAGACUAGGGCCCUGCGGGACCUGACAUCUUUCUGCAGGGCCUGUAAGACAGAGCUGUUCCACCAGGCCUUUGGUCAGGGCGCACCCUGACCCCCUCCUCUGGCAAUCUGCACAGAAUUUUGCUUAAUGGUUGCCAUCAAUUUGAUUUUAAUUAAUUUUUAUAAUGAAAGGUUUUUAGAAUGUUGGACUAUUUUGAUUGUUGUUAGCCGCCCUGAGUCCAGCUUCGGCUGGGGAGGGCGGGGUAUAAAUAAAAUUUAUUAUUAUUAUUUAUUAUUAUAUAGAAAAACUAAUAAUUGUAUAUGACAUAUAUUGAAAGUUAUGGAUGGUAGUGGAAAAGGCCACAAAAUUAAAAUGGACAUACGCGGGACAUGUGGUAAGAGGCUGUUCAGGCUGAUGAAAUUAGCAAUGUUAGUAUGGAGGCACUACAAUUUCAAAUGACCACGGGAAUGACCACCUAUGUGAUGGGUUGAUGAUCUAAAACUCACAGCAGGGCUUAUGUGGUUGCAAGAAACAAACAACAGAAAAUAAUGGUGAGAACUUGAAGAGGUGUAUGUCCAAAAAAGGAAGAAAGGAAGGAAGGAAGGAAAGAUAUACAGUGUAGUCUUUCUAGAGUUUCAUCAGCUGCCCAUUAGUAAAUAAUGUCCUCAAAAUUCAGCCACUUUUGCAGUUUUAUUCUGCAAUAAAAUCUAUUGUAUUUGGCUACUGGGGUGGGGUUUUUUUUGUCCUAAAUAAUGCUAAUGUGAAAAGUGUCCCAUUCAUUAUUUUCAAGGAAAAAACAACCCGGUCUUUCUCCUGAUACAUUUAGCACAUAUUAUCACUCCAAGACACACUGGAAUUUGGCUUGGAGUAACAAAAUGUCCAUUUCUUAGUAGUGGAGGGGCAGGAAUUUGGUCCAGCAUUUAAAUGUGAAGCUACCCAAUUUGCACUUUCUAAACCAAAACAUGAACUCAGCAAUCCUUCGAAAUGCCCACUUCUCUGAAUUUUGCAAUGCAUUUCCCUAGCCACAGGAUGUGUAUAAAUAUGCAUAUAUUAGUGAAAAUAAUAUACAAAAUAAAUUCUAUUAGGGGGAAUUGCAUAAAUUGUGUGUAUUAGGAGGGAUUCACAUGAAAAUUCUGAUGAAUUUUCAUGAGGACUGAUAUGGAAAAGUGGAGAAUUGAACUCAAGAUUGGAAGAAUGAGAAACUGCGAGAAACUAAAAUUGACCGAUUGGCCCAUCCCUAUUUCUUAGUUUCUGUCUGUGGAGGUUAAUAGCCAUUCAUAGAUCCAUCCUCCUUGAAUUAAUUUUGUUUAAAGCCAUAGUGAAUUCCACGUGUUAAUUGCGUAUUGUAUGAAUACAUACGAAAAGCACAUUCUUUUUGUCUGCCCUGAAUCUGCUGAAGCCAAUAAGGAUGGAGGAUCCCCAGGUACAUGCAAUGCCUCUCUCUCAUUCUCUCUCACUCACUCUGCAUUACAGAACAACUGGCUGAGUUAGCUGUGAGUGCUAAAAGAGAUGCCAUAGGUGGGGCAGGUGUGAUGGGACCACCUGGACCUCCAGGACCACCUGGGUCACCUGGUCAGCAAGGGCCACAUGGACACCCUGGCCCUCGAGGCAUCCCAGGAAUCCUAGGAGCUGUAGGACAAAUUGGCAACACUGGACCUAAAGGUAAGAGCCCAUCUCUGCAUGAAAAGCAUCAUUGAGUUUUGUGGCUCAAUUCAAAUGACAUGUGGCAUGCUUCCUCCUCCCCAUGCUGCCUCUUCUUCAGUGCUUAGCAAUGGUUCAUUCUGACAUCCAAACCAGCAAAAUAUGGUUAGUGUUUGCCCCCCAAACCAGUAUCAGAAUCCCCUUGGUAAACUUUGCAAAUAUGACUAUUUUCUCUGACAUGUUCUGCAGUGUUUUCUGUCUUGCAUAGUUUCAAGUUUUGCUAGUCAUGGGGAGGGGUGGCAAGGAACUAUGUGUGGGCACUUAAACCCCAUCAGAUUCCAACCACCUGCUGAUUUCAGCCAUGAGGGCUAGAAACUUGCUCAAAUUUUAAAGCUGAGAUUCUGAAGAAGCUGACUUCUGCACACGUUUGCACAUUCUAUGGGUUUUCUUUGUGGAAUCGCAGCAUAACUAAGCAUAACUGGCAAUGGGGGUGGGGAAGCUGAAUCAUGUCGGUUUCCUUUGUGAUAGCUUAUUGCUGAUUUUAAUUACCGUUGUAUGUCUUCAAAAAACUUGUUUUAAACUGCCUUUUACUGAUAAGUUCAAUGUUUUAAUUUUUGUAAACCACUUUGAGGUUUUAACUGCAACCGAGUGGUAUAUAAAUUUUGUUAAAUAAGAGCUUUUCUUCAGCAAGAGCAAUGCAGGAUCAGCUGCUCUGCUGUCAGUCCCGGAGGGGUGUGUGCAUGAAGUGUUAAAAGUCUCUCACUAUUCCCCCCCUUCCAAUUCUACAGGAAAGAGGGGCGAGAAAGGGGAGCAGGGAGAGCCCGGCCGUGGACAUCAAGGGAUGCCAGGGCCACCAGGAAUACCAGGUAAGGUGACUGCAGAGGCACCAAGGGCAAAUCACAAAUGGAAGGCUUGUCAGGGACUUCCCACAUGACAUCAAUACAAGUUGCCUGGGGCAGUAGUGGUACAUGUGGUGUGGCAGAGGUGCCUUCUGGUGCCCACUUUGCCCCUGAUGGGAAUGAAGCAGUAGUGAGGUUGGGGCCAGGACACUGGUACAACCACACUGCCUUGCCCCUGCUCCAUUUAGGCCCCACAGAUCUACCCCACCACAUGCUCCAUGGCCAUGGGUCUUCCACUCAGCAUGAUCCCAGAUCACUUAUCGCACCUACCUUUCAGUCCACUGUCUCUUUGAGCAGCAUUGUCAAGGGUCUUGCCAACAGGCUGGCAUCCCGCAACCCAGUCCCCUCCCCAAAAUGCCCACCCAGAAAGCGUGAGAAUAAAGAGGUCACAGCAAACAGGCCCAGCAUCAGAAUCUAGGCUGCCAUGGGUAUGCCAGGGCUGACCCCGGUUGCUGUGACAUCUUUUUGUUCUUAUUUCUUUUAGAAACCUUUUAUAGUCGGGGCAGCCAACUGGGCAUGCCCAUGGCUACAGAUGAUCUUUUCAUUAUUUUUAUUUUAAAGAGCAUCAUCCAUUUCCCUGGUGCUUAUGGUAAAGGUGUUUAGCACCAGACUAGGAAAAGCAAACACCAUUUUAUUCUUACAGUCAUGAUGGAACUAUUUUGCCUCCUUUUUCUUUUACGAUUGGUAACCUGGUUUGGGUUUUUCUGUUUGCUUUAACAUACCAAGAAUGUGGAAUCAGCUGUGAAGCAUGGAAUGGCAGUGGAGAGGAGAAAAGAAAUGUUAAUUGUGUGCUUCACACCUGAAACAAUGCACUUGGCUGCCUGAUGGGUGUGUGUGUAAGGUGUGGGAAACUGUCCCACCAGGUGUUGGACUCGAGCUCCCAUCAGCCCCAGCCAGCAUGGCCACAUGGGAAUCUCUUUUGCUUUUCUCCCAGAACUUUGAGGUCCACCAACUGGAGCCAAAUGCAAAAUAGUGUCAUAGAAAGGGGCAGUGGCAGUGGAUGAAGGCACUCCCAGAUGCAUCUCACUCCAGGAAAUUGUUCUCAGUAGUAGAACUGAGAUCACAGUUCUAUCACACAAAAAUCUGUCUUUGUUUCAGCAAACAAAAGUUGUUGUGAUCAUUAAGUGGUUGGGUGCCAGAAACACUUGGUGAUCUAUUGCAAAUCAGCCAGACACCUACCAGUAGGUCCUGACCUACUUUUUGCCCACAAAAGAUGCACAAGCAUGAACUACCCAUGCCUCUUUUCAUUCUUCUAGGUCUUCCAGGACACCCUGGCCAAGCCACGAAUGGCAAAGAGGGAGAGCGAGGCACCCCAGGUGUUCCAGGAGAAGCCGGGCGGCCUGGUUUACCUGGCCCUCCUGGUUCUCCUGGGCUCUGUGAGGCAGCCGCUUGCCUAGGAGCCUCUGCCUAUGCUUCAGCCCGCCUGACUGAACCAGGUGCUGUCAAAGGACCUUCGUACUAAAUGUGGUCGGGGAAAAGUUCUGUUGCAUUGAGCUGGCAAAAGCUCCACCACUGGCAUUGAGGGACCAAACACACCAGGACUUGAGAGCAAAGAGACGGGGAACAGCCAAUCAAAAGCUCUUACGGAGUGAGGAGGCUCUGUCUAUUGCUUGGGCAACAGUCCAUUGCUGUUGAGAAGACAAAACUUGGCCACUGUGAGUAGCCUGAAUCGAGGUGAAUUAAAAGGCGCCCAUGGAGACUCGCAGAGAUGCAAAACUUGUCUUAAUAGCUUGGAUCGAAAUUGCACAUGAAACCUCACUGAAUGACUGUUCCUCUUUUAAAUACGUAGAGGUAAUUGUUGACCCCAUCUCACUGCCAUGAAAAUAAAUGUGUGUUUUGUCUAGAUAGAUGUUGUCAAUGGUUCCAAAGCAAGGGGGAGGGGAUUUUAUCCUUUAUCUUGACCCCAAAUCAUAUUAUAAUUUGUUGACUCUGUAGAGCAGCUUCCCCUAAUCCGGUUUCCUCAGAUGUUUGGACUACAAUUCCCAUCAGCCCUAGACAUCAUGGCUGUCCUGGCUGGGGCAUAUGGAAGAUGUAGUCCAAAAAUUGAAGGCAUCAUUUUGGGAGAAAGCUUCUGCAGAGUACACACAGUGACUUCUCUCUGUGAGUGUUUGUGUGGAAUAGUUCCACAUUGGGGGAAAAUUGGAAUUACGGCAUGAAUGAAUUUUCUUAAAAAGUAGCAUUUGAUUUUUCAAAAUGUAGUAUUUGAUCAUUCCCUACCCAUCCGAGUUUUUCUUCACCUCACUAUGUGUAAAUAGCAAAGCAAAGCUUGCUAUCAGAAGAAUUUAAGAACAAGCUUAUCAAUUGAUCCCUUGAUAAUUCUUUAAUUAUUUCAUUGAUUCACUGGGCCCCCUUUACUCUUUCAGUCCCUUUCCUUCUAAAUCUCUAACUUGUUAACUUUUUGUCACAUUAUAUUGCAUUUGCAUGGAAGGAUUGAAGUCUCCAAAUUUGUCCUCAUUUUUACUUGCAUUAUUAUUGUACUUUUUAUGAGAUACAAUUUUUGGUUGAUUAUUUAUCAGAGUCGCCCCGAAUCAUCUCUCCAAAGCUGUAAAUCUUUGUAAAAUAAUGUUAUUUUAGAAGUACUAAUUAAAAAUCAUUAUUUUUUUCUCUCCACAAAAAAUAGCUAGUCAAACAAGACAAUAAAAUGAAGAAUGAAUGCCAAUUAACUUAAUUGCUUCUCUGGGUUUGUUCAGGGGAUAAAACGGAUUACUUUGGAGGACCAACCUGGCUCUGUGAUCCUUUAGAUACCGUAUUGUCCACAUUUUGUGGAAGGGCUUGAAAUGUAGCUAACUUUCCAAAUUUGAUUCAAAUUCCAGUUCUGAAAUGUGUUUGUUGUGUGUGUGCAGGGAUGAAUCUCAGGUUUUAAUGCUAGGACUUUAGCUACAUCAUUUAUUCUAGGGGAUAGCCAUACUGGACGAUGGAGCGUCAUGAAAUGCUGUGAAGACCAACCAUUUUUUGGUGGCAAAAGCUUUCAUGGGCUUUUUUAUUGGUUUUAGGUAAAAGUUAUACAUAACAAACACAACAUUUUCAACAUUAGAAAAAAGGUUCUUUCGAACCUUCAGACCUCCUUCCAUGGGGUUCCAAUUCUAAAUCUAUUAUAUAAUCAUAGUGUCCUAAAUUCAUGUUACUUUACAAGUGUCACUGUAUUCCUGCCAGUGAUUUCAACUGUUUACAGUGGUCUCUCAAAUAUGUUAGAAAGUUAUUCCAGUCUUUUAAGAAUACUUGGCCAAGGGUAGUGUUCCAUGCCUCUGAUGAAAGCUGGUUCACAAAAGCUUAUGUCACAAUAAAUCUGUUAGUUGUUAAGGCGACACAAGGCUGUUUUCUCCCUAGUUUGUCACUGAAUUUUUAACAAAACUUGAAAUUCCCCUACCCAAACUCUGAAGUCCUGUGUCAUUCUCAUUUGACAAUUUAUCCACUUUUACAAAACAAUUAAUUGAGGCUAACACUUCAUAUAUCUGCUAACCAAUUUAGCUGUAAGAUCUACGAAUUUGAAAUCUUACAAUUCAACUUCCAAAGCAGGAGGAUGUGGUUGUAGGGAAUGGCAGUGUUCUUGAACUCUCCAAGGUCCUGAACAGCAGAACUGUCCAGGUUAUUUAAAAUAGGAAUUCCAAGCACUUCUUGAACUUGAGGCUCUGUGUAUAAGACCAUAAUAAAUGUUCACAGCUGUCCUCUACAGGAGCAUUUGUAGUGACAUUACUUUUAUUUGUGGGGAAGAAAUUUAUUCUUCCAUUUCUUUAUUUUAGAACAAAAACCAGAAUAAGAAAUGGUGCCAUGGCAAAUAUUUCCAGUUAUGCCACACCCUGUGGCAGCCAUUUUGUGGCCGGUGCUGAUAGAACGUCAUCAAAAUUCCAAGUGUGCUCAUUGGCUUUAAAGAUUUCGCUACUCCUGAUGUACAGUUUUGAAGGACAAAACCGCUACCACAGACUACAAUAGGCAGUGCCCUUCUUUCAAUAUGGAAGCAAUAUGCCAGUUUGCACGUCUCACCAGUCAUAGGGUUUGGUAGGAGAGUCUGAAUGCAUAAUAAAACCAUCACAGAUUUCUCAUCGCUAUUGCAUUGUGCCCUUUUACAGAAUACAAGCCCAGGUAUCAUUAGCUUCUGUGGGGAUUGGAGAGGGGCUAAUAAGGAAGAAGUUGUUGCGAGACCAGCCAGUAUAGCGACAUGGGCGUGUACCAUCACUGGUGAGUCCUGUCAUGUGAUGCCCAGGGGACCACUUCCUUGAUUCUCUGCCACCCACCUCAAGUUGGGCAAAAUAGGUGGAAGUUAAUUUCCAAUAUUAUAUUUGUAAGAUGAAAUUUAAUCAAGAAAUUAAGCCUCUUGCAUACUAACAAGCCUCCACAAUGCAUCUGACAAAUGGAAAAAAUGAACGAAAACCCUCUUCCCCCUCCCUCCUCUUCCCCUUCGCAUGCUCCAUCUUUUUCAUUAAGGGCCUUCAUAAAUAUUCAUUGUAUAAAUAGAAGAUUGGAUGCCAUGAAAGCAGUGGGGGCCGGGGGGAGAGAGAGAGAGAGAGAGAUUGAAAUCAGAGUGUUUCUGCAGGAAUAAAAGGCCAGGCGACUGGCCAAACUUCAGCCCAAAUAACAAUAAAUCAUUGGCACAAGGAGGAUAAGAAACAGUCCUGUCAUCUUUGUCAUCUCAGUCUUCAGGGUAAAUCAAAAGAGAGUUAGCCAAUUUUUUUUAUUAAAAAAAAAUUAAACAAAGACCUGCUGGUGCUUUAAUUGUAUUGGACACUUAGAAUGAAGUGCUAUGAAUAUUAAUUAAUGUGGCCAGAGGCAGCUAAACAGAAGACGUGGGAAUAUAACCCAAGUCAGCCCCAACCACCUGCUUAACAAGUCUACUGAUUCGGAAAGAAAAACGAGUUCCCUAGUUAGCUUAAUAAAUUGCACAUUAUAAUUUAUAUAGCAGCUCAGUGUAAGAUAAUGCUGUGCUGAAAGUUCUGAAUUGAUUUCUUUUCUUUUGGGCACAUUCCCUGGGUGAGGAACAAUAAAAAUUUUGUGGGGGGAGAAACCUACAAUCUUUGGUGGGCUGGCCGUUUCAGAGGCGGGAGGCUGAAUUUUUUAAUAGACAUGCUCUCCGCCCCCAACUUUUUUUGCCGCCAAGGGUUCUACUGAGGGCAGUCGGGUCCGCCCCUGACCCCCAGCUGCAAAAAAACCCCAAAUGUACCUGACUGGAUGCUGCAUUGUCACUGCUUUUCUGCAGAGACAUUGUGGGGUGAAAUAGGCCCAGACAAUGCUUGGAGCACCACUUUGUGUUUCCCAUUGUGGCAAAAACAUUUGCAGUGGUACCCCGGGUUACAUAUUCUUCAGGUUACAUACACUUCAGGUUACAGACUCCGCUAACCCAGAAAUAGUACCUGGGGUUAAGAACUUUGCUUCAGGAUGAGAACAGAAAUUGUGCGCCGGCGGCGUGGCGGCAUCGGGAGGCCCCAUUAGCUAAAGUUGUGCUUCAGGUUAAGAACAGUUUCAGGUUAAGAACGGACCUCUGGAACGAAUUAAGUACUUAACCUGAGGUACCACUGUAUAGGAUGCCUGCAGACCAUCAGUGUUUUGUGUGAGGGACUCAUCACAGACCAUCAAUUUAAGUUCGUGCAAUUCACUCUAAAAAAAGAAUGGGACUUUUUGAAGUUAGGGAAGUAGCAGGAAAAUGCAUGGAGAAGUCUGAGGUAAAUGGAUGAUUCACAAGAAGACACAUAAACACCCCAAAGCCAAAUCAGGAUGAAUGCUCAUUGUCAUAUAACGGCCCAGCAAUGAAGAAGAAAGACUAUUCAACAAAUACCAGGCAUCAUCUAACCUUGGAAUGAACACUAAGUAUACAGGUCAUCUCACGGAGCCCAUAGAGAAGAAGGGGCAAAGGGGAGGCCUGUGCUGCCACAUCCUGCCAACCUUUCCUCAGAAAGUGUCUCCCCACUUUUGCUGCUAUAGAAUGGUGAUUUUAAAUUGGCACUUUCAGCCUGUUAGGGCUAUCAGUUCGUAUGUGCAGUUGUCAUCAUUUGUCUGUUUGUUUCAAAUAUUAACCUACCGCUUACUGUUCAGGACUACCAAGCGGUGCAGGAGGCUCUCCGCCUCAUGCUUGCCCUCAUUUGUGGAGACUGAGGAUGAAAAGCGGGAAGGGUACAUGCCAGAGGGGCACUGUUCCUUCCUUCCCUCUCUCGCUUGCAUGAUGAUUGCGCUUACAACCUGAGUGUACGAAUAAGGCUUUGAUGUGUGAUGCACUUGGUAGGCGCAUAAGAUGAGCUUGGCUGUUGCAUCAAGCCAGAGACCCAUCCAGCCCAAUAUUCUCUUCUCAUAGUGGCUAAUUUGGUGCCUAUGAGAAGCCCAAAAGCAAGACCCGAGCACAGCAGAAGGUAUUCAAACUUAGGGACUCUGGCAGCCAGAGCCUGGUGCCUCAGUCUCUAUGCUGCUGUGGAAGCUUGUUAGAAGAGGAAGUUGCUGAUCUACUCCUAGCUAGAACACAGAAAGCUGUCCUAUACCAAAUCAAAUCAUUUGCCCAUCUAGUUCAAUAUUUUCUACAAUGACAGGCAGCAAUUUGCAGAGUUUCCAGCAGGAUUCUUUCCCAUAUCAUCCUGAACAGAGGGUCAGGGUUUGAAUCUCAGACCAUCUGCAAGAAAAGAAUAGGUUCUGCUCCUGCACUACAGCCCAGCGCCAACAGACAAGUUUUAAUGUUUGCAGUCCUUUCUUUCUUUCUUUCUUUCUUUCUUUCUUUCUUUCUUUCUUUCUUUCUUUUGUUCUUUCUUGCACCAGGGGGCACUGUUUGCUUUCCAAAGAUGCACUGCAAAGCAUAAGAGUUUGUGUGGCAUGAAAAAUAAAAAGACCAAGAUCAGACUGGUUGAGUAAACAGAGCACUAGUAAAAUGGGGGAAGGGAGCAAGGUGUAUGAGUGCCCCUGAAAUUCUCCCACUUUCAGAUUAGAUUGCUGCUCAAAGAUUCUCAAAUGUCGACACCGCGUGGGUUAUGGACAGGUCUUUAAAUUGGAGACCUGCUUGCAGUAGCACAGUAUAUCAAAGUGGGAAAGACAUACACAAACAGUCCAACCAGUGAACAUAAGAAUGUCUUUGCUGUUUCAGGCUACAGAUACGUCUAGCCCAGCUUUCUGCUUCUAACAGUGGACAGCUAGAUGUUGUUGGGAGUUCAUAAGCAGGGCCUAAGGAGGGUGGUAGCCACCCCCUAGGUGUUGUGACAACUCCAAACACUUGUAUGGAUCUGAAGCUACUUAGCCUACUGAGAUGUAACCCACAGGUAGAGCCUGUGCUUUCAGUAUAAAAGGUCCUGGUUCAGUAUUUGGCAUAGCAAGCAAAAGGAUCAGGUGGCAGAUGAUGAGGCCUCACAGAGCCAGAGUAGGCAGUGAAGGUUAUGUGCUUUGUAGGCAGAUGAUAUCAUUUUACUGAGACUGAGCAGGUCUGGGUCUGGUCAGUGCUUGGAUGAGAGGCUGUAUGGGAGCCACAUUUACACUGCCUUGGGUGUUGGGGUGGAAGAAAGGUGGGAUAUACAUAUGCAACGGGAUAAACAUAAAUAAACAAAAAUGUGAAAGUAAAUAGUGUGUAGAAUGAGAUGAGGAAGAGAAUUAGGCAGAGAUGCAACGGAGCCAUUUUGGAGAUAAGUGUGGAACCAGUUUGACAAGCUGUCAUAUAGUGUAUCCAUAAAAGAGGAACAAUAUAAAUUGCUCUUCAGAUGGUACCUAACACAUAGCACUCGAAAGAUUAAAUAGACUCUACAGGGCUAAUUAUUUUAAAUGCUGAGAGUGCCAAGCUGAUUGUGCUCACUUUCGUCAUAUGUGGUGCGGCUGUCCGACUGCUAUAUGUUACUGGAGAACAAUUUUUCAAUGUAUGCCAGACAUCGUGGACAUUACAAUAGGAGCUACUUUUUUUUGCUGGUCCUGUUCAAUGUCAUUGGAAAGAAAUGAGGUGGAGAAGACUGUAAGAUUUUUAGUUUUAUCUUAUUAAUGGCUGCAAAAAUCAUGCAGGCAAGGAAAUGGAAGGACCGGAAUUUACCACCCGUUUGGGAAUGGCUAAUGAAACGUGUUGAACUGGCAAUGAUGGAUAAACUAACAGAUGCAAUUCAGGAAAGAGAAGGCAUGAAAUGGAUUUCAAUAGCUGCAGAGAGAUGGAACUGUUUGGAGGAUUAUUGGAAUGAGCUAUACAGAAAUGAGAUUAGAAAUAUUUUUGAUUAUUUAGCUUAUGUAUUUGACUAUUCCACCUUCUCUUCAUCAGCCUAUCAUAAGCUACCAUUUAUAAAUGAAUAAAUUGUCCAAUGGGUGGUUAACCUAUAGCUCUUCAGGUGUUGUUGGACUCCAACUCCCAUCAGCCUCAGCCACCAUGAGGGGUGAUGUGAGUUGCAGUCCAGCAGCAUCGGGUCUUUUGGCAACCUCUGCUAUAAGACAUGACUCUUUCUCCCAAGUGUCCUCAGUAAAGCUGAAAUAAAACAGAUCAAGGCACUGGAUCCUUAUGAGGAAAGGCAAAAUGCUUUGGAGCAUUUUGCUUAAGAAAAAGGCAGGAAAAGGAUUAAGGGGGAACCUGACUGACAUUUAUAAAAUUGCACAUGAGCCAGAGGAAUUGGAGAGAUUUCUUCUCUCCCUCCCCCCUCCCACUUCUCAGUAGUGGUGCCUUCCCUGUGGAACGUCCUCCCACCAGAUGUCAAAGAGAGCAACAACUACCAGACUUUCAGAAGACAUCUGAAGGCAGCCCUGUUUAGGGAAGCUUUUAAUAUUUGAUGUAUUAUAGUAUUUUAAUAUUUUUUUGGAAGCCGCCCAGAGUGGCUGGGGAAGCCCAGCCAGAUGGGCGGGGUAUAAAUAAUAAAUAAUAAUAAUAAUAAUAAUAAUAAUAAUAAUAAUAAUAAUUAGAACAUCUAGUCCAGCAUCCUGUUCUACAGUGGCCAACCAGAUGCCUGCAGAAUAUUCGCGAGCAGAACGCAAGCACAAGAGCUUUCUCGUGGCUUCCAGGAACUCGUAUUCCUAAGCACAGCCAUCGUGCCGAGCAGCUAUUGAUAUUUUUAUCCUCCAUGAAUUCAUCCAGGCCAUUCAAGUUGGUGGCCAUCACUACAUCUUGUGGCAGAGUAUUCCAUAGUUUAACCAAGGUGUUGCAUGAAGAAGUCCUUUCUUUUAUCUGUCAUUGGAUGUCCAUGAGUUCUAGUGUUAUAUUGGGAGGGGGGGAGCUUUAGCCUAUAUACUUUCUCCAUGCCAUUCAUAAUUUUAUAAACUUACAUUGUGUCACCUCUUAAAAAGCGCCACUUGCUGCAACCUUUGUCUGUGGGGGAGUCACCCCAGCCUGUUGAUGAUUUUGGUUUUCCUUUUCUGGACCUUUGGUACCAUAACUGGUAUGGAGGAUGGGAGAGAUCACUUGAUGAAACUGACUGCCUGCAGCUUCAAGAGAGACCAAAGCAUGUCCUCCUUCAUGCAAUGCAGAAUUAACUUAAGGAAUCCACUUCAGAUGCCUGGGAGGAUAUUUGUGUUCAUAGACCCUCCCAGGCUUAACAAAAUGCAUGGCAGAGGAAGAAGGAGUAGGAGAAAACCCUUCCACAAGCUUAUGAUUAAUGAAAAUGCAAAGCUUACCCUUUGGACGCCUGGCCCAAUCUUCAGAGGCCCCAGCUCAUGGAAGGCUACCAAGCUGAUAUGAUUAAAGAGCUUUCCCCACAACUUUUACAAGGGAGUGAUUUGGAAGGACAGUGCCUGAGCAGAUUAAGAAAGAUUAUGUUUUAAUUAAAGUAGCUGCCCAGGUCUCGAUGUCUUUCUUCCUUUCCCUUUGCCAGUGCAUGUCUUAGCUUGGCUUGAGUCACUUCACUGGUGCAGACCAAAUGGGACUCGCCAAACCUUGAUAUUGCAGGGAUAUCCUAGGAUGCAAAAGGACCCAGCUGAUAUCUUCUACUGCCCUCAUCUGUGAGGUUUCCCUUUGUGUUCUUGGAUUUGCAGCUGCUGACUGAACUCAGGCAUCAGACUCAUUCAGCACAGAGCUGAAAUGGGCCACGAGAAAGGCAUGUUGUGGAGCAUUCAGAGCUUUCAAGCUCUGGAAUGACAUCGACCCUCUCACACAGGCUCACGUUAGAAGGAACAUUAAUUACCUGAAGGUUGUACACAGUGUGUGGGACUUUCCUCUGAGUAAACUUGCAUAUAAAGCAUUGGGAGUCUCUCUUCUUCCAGAGUUCCACAAUCUGUCUGGAAAAGAUUCAGGUAGGUAGCUGUGUUGGUCUGACAGAGUCUAAAUAAAUAAAAAUGGUCCAGUAGCACCUUAGAGACCAGCUAAGUUUGUGCUGAGCUCCUGGAAAAUUUUUUAUUUAUUUUGUCUGGAAAAGAGCGAGGAACAUUUAACCAAAGAAAGGAGGCAGGACCAGCCCCACACAUUUGCCUUGGUGAGGCAGUUGCCUCAGGCAGCAGACUGGUGACAGCUGGGAGGCCUAGCAGAUCUAGGCCCCCAAAGAACAUGUGGCCCCAUCACCUCCAGUACAGAACCCAAUGGAUUAACAAUCUAUUGGGAGUGAUCUUCCUGCCCUGGUUUACAGUUUUCUUCCAAUUCCUUUCUUCUUCUUCUUCUUCUUCUUCUUCUUCUUCUUCUUCUUCUUCUUCUUCUUCUGUGUUUGCGUGUGUGUGCUCAUGAUUAUUAAUUAUUUCUGUACUCUCUCUUGAAAGCCAUAGGAACUGGGGAUGCUGAAGUGUUCUGUAAUUAAAGGCACCCAGUUGUGAGCAUUUACCAGCAGGGGAUGUUCCAGGGCGGGUGGCAGGCUGCGGUUUGCAUUGGCAGAAGCCCCACACUCCAUCCACUUCAUGUUCAGACAUGUUUUGACUGAAGGGGCUGUGGAUGCAAUGGUCUUCCUUCUGGGGCACCAGGCAAAAUAAUUGCUUCCUGCUUCCCACACAGAAAUACAAAAAGAGCCCUGUUUCGUUUCUUUUCUUGGAACAACCAGAAGGAAAAGAAGAAGGGGGGGGCGGUGGUUGCCAUUGUAAUGCGUACCAAUGCUCAAAGACUUAUCAGGACAUCAUUGUAUCCAUGUCUCAGGGCCUGAGCUAGAUGUUGUUGUUAUAAAUUUCCCCCCCCAAAAUUGUACAAAAUUCUGCAAAACACAGUGUUAUCAAACAGGAUCUGAUGACAGUAUACACAGUCCAUAUACAAUGAUAAAUCACUGUUGAACAAAUACAGGCAUGAAAGCAAAUAAGCUACAGGUAAGUGAAUGCGUGGAAGGUAGCAACUAAAACUGUAUAUACCACAGACAUAAUGGUUAGACAAAACAACAGCCCUAUUACACCAAGGGAAAGUAAUUGGAAUAUUCAAAUGCCCAAAGUCAUUCUAUAUCAACCAUAUUCGUCCUUAGGCUGUGGGUGGGGGAGGGAUGCAUGUCUAUUUAUGGAAUCCUAUCUCACUGAAAAAUUCCCUGCAGAAUGAAAAUCAUCAAGUGCGGGAGAUAGGACCAGCCCACCUUUCCUCCUGACGUGCCAGUCCUUUAAUUUUAAUUGUGGAGUUUUCAAAUAUGCACCCCAUCUGCAGCCUUAAAUAUUAUAUUCCAGAGCCUGUGUAUAUGGGAGGGGGGAGUGAGGGUCUGGCUGUGCUCCCACCCUAUACACAUUCAUUAGAAAAUCUGAACACAUUCUAAUAAACACGCAUGUAGUCGGGAGGAGAAGCCUGUUGUUGUUUUCCACACUCUGGGGGACUGCAGGGAGCUUGGGAAAAGCUUUAGCAUUUUCUUUCUGCUGUGAAGGGGUCCUGGGGGAGAGAAAUGAAAGCAAACUGCAAAGAGGCCCACAAAUAGCAACUGAAUCCACUGACAGUUGUGUUGCUCUAACUGCUAGACAAACCUUCACCAACCAGAUUUUGGGAGCUACAGUUCCCGGCCUGCCACCCAUACUGACGGGCUGCUGGGAACUGCUAGAUGCAACCAGGUUAAAGAAGGCCGCACUUGCCAGGGCAUCCAACAAAGGCUUUGUGUGGCCAAUGAAGGGCUUGUGUAGGUCCAUACAAAGUUGUUGCACUCCAUUAUAUAAAGAUGGGGUGUUCAGCUCAACUUUUAACACAGGGAAAGCUGCAUCCACCCCCCUCAAAAACAAAACAAAACAAAUAAAAACAAUAUUCCAGUCAAUUCUCUCCAUAACAGUCUUUUACUGAGCUCGAACACACACACACACACACACACACACACACACACACACUUUAAAAUUUAAAUGACUGUUAGCUGAAUUUGUUGCUGACCGUGUGGACUGCCUUCACAUCAUAUUGCCUGUUACAUUCAAUUUAGGAGUGGGUUGUCUUUUCUUCUUCUUCUCCAUUUCUGUAAUGAGAAGCUGGGAGAGAAAUGAGACCGUCACGCCUCAGCUUCUUAAAUUGGAAAUGCAUUUUUAAAUGUUUUGCCUUCCUGGCUGGGUUGCAUUUAUUCUCAUCAAAUGUGCAGCAUAGGUACCUUUCAACCCAGGGUUUCCUAGAGUUCAGGAGUGGAAUCUGGGACACUGAUAAACAGUGAGACUUUUGUAUUGGGUCCCAGAUCUGUCCCUGUCCCCCCUUUUUUAAAAAAGAAAAAGGAAAAAGUUUUUUUUAUUUACAUUGACAACACUUAUACAGUGGUACCUCGGAUUAAGUACUUAAUAUUUGUUCUGGAGGUCCGUUCUUAACCUGAAACUGUUCUUAACCUGAAGCACCACUUUAGCUAAUGGGGCCUCCCGCUGCUGCCGCGCGAUUUCUGUUCUCAUCCUGAAGCAAAGUUCUUAACCCGAGUACUAUUUCUGGGUUAGCGGAGUCUGUAACCUGAAGUGUCUGUAACCUGAAGCGUAUGCAACCCGAGGUACCACUGUAUACUACUUCAUGUAUGAAAUUUUCCAAGUAGUGUACAGAGAUAAUAAAAUUGUAGACUAAAACGACGUUGGGGGGGCCCAUGUCUAUAUUUUAUUUCUGUUAUAUUUGGUUCUUAUUUGAGCCUCCACCAGAAGCCCAACUUGAAUGACAAGGUAGCUGUCUCUCCCCGCACCCACCAUACACACCUGAGUGAUGGUUAAACUAUCACAUUUAUUCAAAUUGACAAUGCCAGCAGCAAAAAAAUGUAGCAUAGAAAAGGAUAUCCCAAAGUUCUUUCCACCCAAGGUCUAGAUGUGCCAACAAAAGUCUGCAUCCUGUCACCUUACUCAUUGUUAGUGCAAGGAGGUGUCUGGUGAGUUGGUAUCCCUCGCUCGCUUUUCCACGAUGAAAAAGAAGAAGGGUUACAAAUAUAGUGGUCCAGUUUGUGGCAGAAGUAGGCUCCAGCAAUUCUUCUGCUCCAACUGAGAGUUGCAAUAGCUGAUCCAGCCAACAGGAUUGGAAAAAACAUAAUCCCAGCUGAAUGUGUCCUUUCCUGGUUGAAAAAUUGUCUCAGAGCAUGUGGCUCCCCAUAGAGAACCAAGCACUGGAGCAAUACUCCACACAUUUAUGGGAAUUUGAAGCCAAUGAAAGCUGGCCUCCCACCUCAGAUGGAAAGGGGCUGGACCAAUGCCAAACCAAGUUCCAUGUAAGUGGAAUCACAGUAACCAAUCAGAAAUUUACUUAGAGGAUCAUUCCACCUUCUUAAUAGUUUCAAACUUCCUUUACAAAAAAGAUAGCUGGGCUACUGCAAAGGGGGGGGGGAGGGAGAAAAAGAUGGACUAAACUGGGAAAGUGGAUUGGAGAUAAAACCAAGGAUAUUUGUUCCCAGCAGAGGUCCAGAGUCCCAAACACUCUAGAUGGUGCUAGUGGUCUAUAUCAAUACAGAUGACUUAUUUAAAGUUCUACCUUUUAGUCCCUUUGUGGAUCAGAAGAGUAUAGAAUUUUCCAUAAAGGAUUCUGGGAAUAGGGUCAGCUUUCCAGAACAGAGUGGCAAACCUGCUUCAGAUACAUUGAUUACUAAGAAGUUGUAGUUUAAACUAAUCUUAGAAAACAGUCAGGUACCUACACCCUUGUGCGAAUUAAUUGAAACAAAGCAUGUUUUCUAUCUUACUCGUAAUCCUGUACUCAAAGCAAAGACGAAGUCAGUUUGAUCUUUUUUUUUUUACAUUUUAAUGAUGCAAUCAUUAUGUCAGCAGCUCCUGUAGUGCAUCAGAUUGUAGCAUCCUGUCCAACCGCCAUAGUGUAUGAUGCAAUCAUUACAUCAGCAGCUACAGUAUUUCAUCAGCUUUUGAUUCGACUGCCGUUCAAGAUGGAUGUGACACCUAGGAAACAUACGAAGAUCGUACCUCUGCACGAACACACAGCUAAAACGUAUCGAGAGAUUGCUUCAGCGCUUGGUGUGUGUUUAGCAACUGUCAGCCGUGUCAUCAAGUUUCGGAUCGGUUUCUCCUAA